GCUCCCUUCCCCUCCUUUCGUUCGACGAGUUACGCCCGGGGAAAUUUCCCUUCACCUCGGAGCCCAGCCCUUCCCCUCAGCCUCGUGCUUGUGAGAGGCCCAGCGGCGCCCACUUGGCCGCCCCGGAGCCACGUCCUUCGCCGGAGAGGAGCUCGCGGGAGCUGAGCAGAGGCGGGCUCGCCCCACGGGUUGCCUGCUUGCCUUGCCUGCGUGAGCCACCCGUGUAGUCCCUGCGCGCGCUUCCUUGACCCCUCUCGCCUCGCCUGGACGCCGGGCAGGCCAAGGCCAGCAGCCAAGGUAAGCCUCGGGGGUCUUGCUGGGCUUCUGUGGGGCGCAUAGGCUGGAACUGCAUUUCCCCUUCCUCCUAUCGCAGCAGAGCGGGGUGGAUUGGGUUUGGGGGGGGUAAGCCCCUUAUUAGGAGGGGGACCUAAAUUUUAUUAGUCGUGGGGUCAAGGGCGAAGAUGAGAAGACUUGUCCCGAAAGCAAUGGUUCCCAACCCUUUUUUGGCCAUGCCCCACCUAAGCUCCUUUAAAAUCUUGAUUCUCCCCCCACCCCCGUUUUAUUGUACAGUGGUACCUUGGGUUACAGGCGCUUCAGGUUACAGACUCCACUAACCCAGAAAUAGUACCUCCGGUUAAGAAUUUGCUUCAGGAUGAGAACAGAAAUUGCACACGGCAGCUGGAGGCACCAGUAGUUAAAGUGGUGCUUCAGGUUAAGAACAGUUUCAGAUUAAGAAUGGACCUCCAGAACGAAUUAAGUACUUAACCCGAGGUACCACUGUAUUGUAUUUUAAAUAUUUUGUUGGAAGCCGCCCAGAGUGGCUGGGGAAACCCAGCCAGAUGGGCAGGGUAUGUAUGUAUGUAUGUAUGUAUGUGUGUACAAACAAACAAACAAACAAACAAAUUAUUAUUAUUAUUAUUAUUACUACUGUGACAUGGGGACACAGGUGGUGCUGUGGGUUAAACCACAGAACUUAGGACUUGCCGAUCAGAAGGUUGGCGGUUCGAAUCCCUGCGAUGGGGUGAGCUCCCGUUGCUCGGUCCCUGCUCCUGCCAACCUAGCAGUUCAAAAGCACGUCAAAGUGCAAGUAGAUAAAUUGGUGCCGCUCCGGUGGGAAGGUAAACGGCGUUUCUCUGGUUCGCCAGAAGCAGCUUAGUCAUGCUGGCCAUAUGACCUGGAAGCUGUAUGUUGGCUCCCUCUGCCAAUUAAGCGAGAUGAGCGCUGCAACUCCAGAGUUGUCUGCGACUGGACCUAAUGGUCAGGGGUCCCUUUACCUUUACCUUUACUGUGACAUGUAAUUCUUAUUAUUCAAAAGGUGAACUCCAAUUCACGUGGAGAAAGCCUAAAAGGCCAUUAACUGUUAAUAACUCAUUCUCAAAUUUCCCCCCUUAAAAAUCAAACACACACACACACCCCGUUGGAAACCAUGGCCCUAAAGGCAGCUGGACCUAACAGGCAGAGAGGUUCUUUCCUUCGCCAGAAAAAAACGGAUUUGAAUGAGGAGGAGCAGGAAAUUAAAAGUCAGAAAUAGUUCAUGGCUGUCUCCAGCACCCUGUGGGUUUCCACCUUUCUUUUUGGGGAACAGGGGUUCAUAUACAACGUAAUGCUCCGAGGGUGAUUUUCUCUCCCUCAUCCUUGGCUAGAGAUGAAAACAAGCAUUUUCCAGGAUCAUUCUAGACCAUUCACUCAACAACCAUCAUGCUAUUUUUUUAAAAAAUUGAAUACCGUAUAUAUGAAAAAUACACACCAAAAGCAAUGACAGUCUUUAAAAAGUCCGCUCCUUUCCCUAGGUCCACUAAAGAAAAUUUAUUGUAGGAUAGAAAUUACUUUUUUAAAAAUAUAAUAAUAUUUAUUAUUUUCCCAAAAACUUAGACAUUAAAAAGAAAAACAAUACAAUACAACACAACAAAUCAACAAAAACAAAACAAAAACAAUAAAAUAAAUCAAACAAUUUCGUUAUCCCAUCUUUCAUUCACUUAUUUCCACGACCUCCUCACACCUCCCUUUUUGUAUUCCACUUCUGUUAAUUAUUUCAGCAAUUCCUUUCCAUCUUCCUCUGUUUUCUAUCCUAUAACUAUCUUAACUCAUUCUAACCUUAUUUUCCCCCUUAAUGCUCUACUAACCUAUCUGUACUUAAUUCCUUGUAACAUUUCUACUAAAGCCAUAUAACUUCAUUCCAACAUUUUUCUAACAUUCAUUAAUUUUACAGUGUUUCUGUAAAUAGUCUUUAAACUUUUUCCAAUCUUCUUCCACCGACUCUUCUCCCUGGUCUCGGAUUCUGCCAGUCAUUUCCGCCAGUUCCAUGUAGUCCAUCAACUUCAUCUGCCAUUCUUCCCGGGUGGGCAAAUCUUGUGUCUUCCAAUACUGCGCGAUAAGUAUUCUUGCUGCUGUUGUUGCAUACAUAAAAAAAGUUCUAUCCUUCUUUAACACCAAUUGGCCGACCAUGCCCAGGAGAAAGGCCUCUGGUUUCUUCAGGAAGGUAUAUUUAAAUACCUUUUUCAUUUCAUUAUAAAUCAUCUCCCAGAAUGUCUUAAUCCUUGGGCAUGUCCACCAAAGGUGAAAGAAUGUGCCUUCAGUCUCAUUACAUUUCCAACAUUUAUUUUCGGGCAAAUGGUAAAUUUUUGCAAGUUUGACUGGUGUCAUGUACCACCUAUAAAUCAUUUUCAUUAAGUUUUCUCUUAGGGCAUUACAUGCCGUAAAUUUCAUACCUGUGGUCCAUAACUGUUCCCAGUCAGCCAUCAUUAUAUUAUGUCCAACAUCUUGUGCCCAUUUAAUCAUAACUGAUUUCACCGUUUCAUCCUGAGUGUUCCAUUUCAACAGCAAGUUAUACAUUUUUGACAAAUUCUUAAUUUUGGAAUCUAGCAAUUCUGUUUCCAAUUUUGAUUUUUCCACCUGGAAACCAACUUUUUUGUCCAAAUUGUAUGCCUCCAUUAUUUGAUAAUAAUGGAGCCAGUCUCGCACUUUAUUUUUCAAUUUUUCAAAACUCUGCAAUUUUAGUCUGUCUCCAUCUUGAUCCAGAAUUUCCCAAUAUUUCGGCCAUUUGGCCUCCAUAUUGCGUUUUUUCUGUGCCUUCGCUUCCAGGAUAGAAAUUACUUUUUAUCUCUGUCUUAUAGGUACUGUGUCCAGAGAAUAUCAGUAAUAUGAGUAACAGUAUGUGGCUGCUAUUUUCUUUUAUGGCAUUGUGUGGUUGGGUGGAUUUUCAUUGAUUUGGAAGGGUCUUACUGGGCAUUGCAGGUCACCUUUUGAGGCUUGGCACAGGCUGUAUAACAUAUUUUAAACAAAUAGAUUUCAGGACAUGUCUUGAGUGUUUUUCCUCAAGUGUACGUGAAACAGUUUUUAUUUACCCCUCCUUUUUCCUACCCCCCCCACCUCCUGCAAACUCUGAUAAUUGGCUUUCAAUCAGCAUCACUAAGCAUAUCUGAUUUUAAAAAUUGAGUUCUGCUUAAGAAUCUAAUUUGAAAGUUGUUUGGGUAUAUAGGUGGAGAAGGGUUGAAAAGGCGGCUCAGUUUCCUCAUAACAACCUCUCUUCUGUGGCUGGUUUGUAAAGAUUUUGUAUGCUCGUUUCUCUACCCCUCUCAGCAUUCUCAGUUCUCUACAGUGGUUUUGCCAGCUCUGCAAAACUUCCUGCCACAGAAAUUUGCAAUCGCUGGUAGAGGCCGGAAUAGCAUACCUUCUUGCAACACAGGGGGAAGAACCAGUGUUGACUUACCACACCUAAAGUUUCUUUUAAAAAAAGCUGUGUAAAAAAGAACAAGCAGAGUUUUCUUAUUAUAAAGUGUUAUAAGAAAAAUACUGCUCAUUUUACCUUAUGGGGUAUCGAUGUGCCCAUAUAGAGUGCUUAUCGGAAGGAGUAAAUAAUGGAGGCCAUCCAGAGAAUCUUGAGAACCAAGGCAAUUAGUAACCCUGAUCUUUAUUAACUGUUGCAACAGGGUGCUCACAACCACACACAGGAGGCAGGAGGGACCCAGAACAAUGGUGUGCAAGUCCUUAUAUCGACUUUUGAAAUUGCCCACCCUGUAGCUCAAGACCACCCCCCAAAACAUCAUACCUACAUCACAGGAGGCAGGCUACAGCAGAACUACAUCAUGGGGGUGGCCUACAACAGAAAUGCUGUCUGGCAAGAUACUGAUACAGUGGAACCUCAGGUUGCGAAUGUGAUCCGUGCGGGAGGCAUGUUCGCAACCUGCAGCGUUCGCAACCUGUUGCAUUUGCGCACGUGCGGGUUGCAAUUUGGCGUUUGUGCGCAAAGUGCAAUUUAGUGCUUCUGCGCAUGCGUGAGCACUGAAACCCGGAAGUAACCUGUUUCGGUAUUUCCAGUUUCGGCGCGGUGCGCUACCCGAAAUCACAUAACCUGAAGCGUCUGUAACCUGAGGUACCACUGUAGUGGUCACUUGAUUGCUUUACCUGGGCAGCCUGGCCAUUCCUUUUGAGAUGCUAAAUAGUUCCUAAAUCCAGGUCACAGACUCACCCUAUUCAUGCACAAAUACACCCUUAAGACAGGAUUUGUGAGCAAAGAGACAAUGGGGAGGCUUUUCCCAUUUCCUUCCUCACUGCAGAGAAUAUUUGAGGUCACUGGAAGAGUCAAAAUGGCUACAGGAUUGCUCUCCUGUACUAUUUCAGAUAUGUGGUUUAUAUACUUAUAUAUGUAUUUGGACAUAAAAAUAAAAAAGGGACUGCCCCUUUUCCUAUGAGAGCAUAAGAGUUAUUCUCUUAUUUCAGAUCACCACAGAAACACUGUAUUCAAGAGAACAACUACUUCUUCUCUACCCUGUUCCCAUUAUUUAUGUAGCUAUCUGUCUAUCUAAGAAAAUGUAUAUGCUGCUUGAUUGUAAUAAUACCUCUUGAUGGUUUACAAAACACAUGCUACACACAUAUAAACAUCACACACAAACACACACACAACUACCUCAUGUGUAUGACUGUUCACAGAUCAUAUGUAUAUUGUAAUAACAACCAGUUAAGCCAAUUGAAGUUCAAGCAGAGCACCUAGGGAACAAACAAUGUUUCCCCACCUUUUGCAAAAGUACACAAUUGGAACUACCUGUAUUGAAGACCUGGAAAAACCAUUCAGCUAUGGGGCACAUCUGCAUAGAAGUUUCCUGGACUGGUAUCUAAAAGUCAUAGGCAUAUAGAAAGACUGUCCAUCUAGCAUACAUUGUCCUCCUCGUUCUGUUAAAAAAGUGGAGGUGCCAGGGAUUGAAUUUAAGACCUUCUGCAAGCAAAGCAUGUGGCCUGUCGCUGACCCACGAAGCUGGACUCAGUUCAGUUCACCAGUCAUGUACUGUGUGUGUGAGAGAGACACAAAUUUGCAGAACCUGGCUUUUAGCACCUUGGUAUUUUUCUAUAAGAUUGCUGACUCCAAAGAAAAAUAUGUUCAUACUCCUUUUCCAUGAGGCAUGGAUUGUAUUGGAUUUAGAAUGGAAAAGCAUAAGCACACUUGUGGCCUCAGUACAAUUGAGUAAAGAUAUUACAAAACCUUGAUUGCUUAUUUCCUGCUUUGUCGGCGUUGAACAUUAUCCUGGAGCAGAAAAGAAAGAAGCUGGAUUCUGUAUUUUUCUCAAAAACUGCACUUGCAUCCGGAGGCUUUCAGAGCUGAGCAGCCAUCAGGCACUGAGAACAUGUUACAGACAAAGUACACUAAGGACAAAUAGGCAGAAGUUUCACCACACUUGCUGGGAAUAUAUACUGAAGUUUGUCCAAAACAGCUAGCUUCCAUUUUGCAGGCUAGAUGUAAUGUGCACAUUCUUCAGUCUAUGCUUACCUUUAUGGCUCCUAAGAACUGUCUCAGACUAGAGAUGCCUGCUUCUCUCUUCCCGCAAAUUUCCCCUCUAGUUCUAGUCCUGACGGUGUACUAUAGCCUUGGACCAGAAGUGCAGGAAGCUUGAGUCAGUUAAUAUUAUUGCCCAGGAUCAGUAUUCUAUGCAUUCCAGAUAAAUGUUGUUGCUGCUUUGCAUACUGAGAUGAAAAUUGAUGUUCAAAAUAGAAUUACCGUAUUUUUCGCUCUAUAAAACACACCAAGUUUUUGGAGGAGGAAAACAAGAAAAAAAAUAUUCUGAAUCCCAGAAGCCAGAACAGCAAGAGGGAUCGCUGCGCAGCGAAAGCAGCAAUCCCUCUUGCUGUUCUGGCUUCUGGGAUAGCUGUGCAGCCUGCAUUUGCUCCAUAAGAUGCACACACAUUUCCCCUUACUUUUUAGGAGGGAAAAAGUGAGUCUUAUAGAGCAAAAAAUACGGUAAAUAAUUGCCUACCUGGUGCUUGUAUGAGGAUGCCUUCCUUAUUUUACUUUUCUGGAGAAUUGUGUGUUUUUCAGUUCCUCCUUCCUUAUUAGAAUUGGGACAGAGGAACCAGUUUAAAUAACCCCACACCUUUUUCACCUUUUUUGAAUGAGGUGGGGGAUUUUUUAGGACUUAAGAUACGUGAACCUAACUUAAUUUUUGUGUGUUGGCAUUCAUCUGUCUUGAAAAACAAUGGAAGAGUGCGCCUUUGGGGUAAUUCAGACUCACUACUUUGUUGAAAGUAGAACUGAAGUAUAUUCAGUGCACUCCUUUCUUAUUAAACUUAACAAGGUUUACAGAGUUAAAUGCUAUCUUUCUUACACUGCAGUCCUGUGCAUGUCUGCGUGCAGGAAAGUAUGUUGAGAACUGCACUCUCAAAAACUAUUAUACCCAUGAACAGAGCUACAUGUGUCAAGCAGUAUUUGUUUAUUUAUUUGUUCAUUGUGUUUUUAGUCCACUCUUCCUCCCCAAAGAGCUCAGGGUCAUGUAAAGAGCUUCCCCGCCCCCCAACAUUUUAUUUCACAACAAUAUUGUGAGGUCUGUUGGUCUGACAGAUAGAGAUUAGCCCGAGGCCACCCAGUGAACUUCAUAGCUCAGUGGGCAUGUGAGCUUGAGCCAUCCCUUUUAGGUCAACACACUAAUAACUAGAAUAAUAAACCAUGGGGCUUCUAAUGUCUUGAUGCAUUUUGAAUAAGAAAAUCUGGUAUUAGGGGAAGACUCUGUCUCUGUCUUGCACAAAGCCUCAUCAGGCUUCAGAACUGCAAACUGGUUUGAUGUUGCUUUUGCAUUAUCGUGUGUUUUAUUGUAUGCAUUUAAAAUUCGUUUUUUGCUGCAAGUUACCCCGAGAACCUGAUUCUAGGGAGGCUUAUUGAUGCCUCAAACAAACCCACAGGAUGAUAGUGGUGAUCCAGGGGGUGGUUAGCGGUUUGUUUUGUUCUUGUUUAUAUUUUGUGCUUUUUAUCAUGUCGUUUUCUGUUGGGAACUGCCCUGAGAUCUACAGGUGAAGGGCGGUAAACAUAUUUUAACAACAACAACAACAACAAUAAUAUAAUUUCUAAUUUAGCCUUUGUGCUUUUUUAUGUUUUCCUGUGCUUCCGGGCAAAAAUAAAAUUAAAAACAACACCCUUUCCCGUAAGGUGAAAAGCUCCGUUUUCACAUGUAAAUCUUGAUAUGCACCAGUGGUUUUUGAUAUUUCAGUUGCAUGCAAAACUCAACAAACAUUUAAAAGGUGGGUUAUCGUUAGGGGAAGGAAGAGUCUUGCUUGGCAGAAUGUAUUUCUGGUUUGUGUGUGUGUUUCUGACAGAACAGCAGACUUGAAAAGAUAUGGAAAUGGUGCAAUAACUAUAUAGAAAAAUAUAAACAUGUAGAAAACAAAAGGAGACAACUUGUUUGACCUUGAUUUUCUGAAUAUUGCAUCGGAUACAGACAAGGCCAUAUUCUAGUGCAGCUAAGAAAUGUAAUCAUUAAUAUACAGAACAGUUAUUGAGUUAAAAAAAAGCUUGUAACUAUGGUAUGUUGUAAAUUGGAUUGUCUUUCCUCUGCUGCUAAGCAUAUACUGUGUCAGGUUAAUUUCCAUUAAUAAAGAUAAAAUGGGCCACAUUUCAAAAUGUUAUGACUUUAGCAUUGACUUCACUCUCAACCUAUGACAGCAUUAAGCAAAAAUACUUUGUUGCAUCAAUUUGCAGAAGGAGCUUCUUAUCAUAAGGAAUGAUUAUUUAGGGGAAAAUAAUUUCAUUACUUAUGAAUAAUAUCAGUAAUGUCCAUAUUCUAGUGUGAAUUGCUUCUUUUUAGGUUUUUAUUCUAUUACAUUCAUUAUUCGAUUCAAGCAGGCCUUUCAUAUUCUGUAAUCAGCAUUUGCAAUGUAAUUGACAAAUCCACUUGCUUUCAUUUUCUCUUGGCAGAGCAGUAAAAUUUAAGACUGUCCUGUUCCUGUUACCUUUUGGGGUGGUAUGUGCUUUUAAUUUGUAUUUAUUGCCUAGUAAAGACUGGGUUUGGGGUUGGUAUGCUGGCUUAGCUAUUUGACCCCUUACAUUCCUUAAAUCACAAGAACACCUGAUCCUGGCCAUUGUCCAAUGAUUUGUUUAGCAAACAGACCCUUUCAACAAAUUUUUAUCACAAUUGUUUUCGUAGGUCAGUGAUAGGCUCUUCAGAUAAAAAAUCAUAGCAUUGUGUGGUGCUUCAAUAUACAUUAUUUGUGUAUACAAUACACAAUAUAACCUUACAAUCCUUAGGAGAAGGCCAUAGUUCAAUGGAAGAGCCUGUGUAUGUGUGUCAUAUGCACCAUUGAUGUGUCUCCUUCAAUGUAAAAUCCCAUUUCGCAGUGCACAUGACCACGAAUCUGAAAAUACAACCACAAUAUGAAAAUACAACUAAAAACGAAUUGUGCCACCUUGGCUUGCCCAUAUUCUAUAGACAUAGCCUCUGUACCUUUAAUAAGUGCAGAAAUCAACAGAUGACUUUUCCUUGGCAUGGAAGUGUAAUCUUUAAACUGGUCCUCUGGCCUGUUGAGCCCUCCAGUUGGAGAACAGCCUUUGCCAAAUGUGUUAUGGGCUUUGAAGACAAACUCAGGACACAAGGGAGAAAUGUGCUAGGAGGAAGGCACGCUUGGCAAAUCCACACCGUGAUCAAUUCCCGCCCGGAAACCAAUGUCCCCACUGUGGAAGGACGUGUGGAUCCAGAAUUGGCCUCCACAGUCACUUAUGGACUCAUUGUUAAAACCGUGUUUAUGGAAGACAAUCUUACUCGGCUAUGAGUGAUCGCCAAAGAAGAAGAAAAGAAGAUUCUAUAGACAUAGCCUCUGUACCUUUAAUAAGUGCAGAAAUUAACAGAUGACUUUUCCUUGGCAUGGAAGUGCAAUCUUUAAACUGGCCCUCAUUUCUAUUUCUAGGACCCACCCCAUUUUUGUGAGUAUAAGUUUUAGGUUUUAAAGAACUGUUUUUAACGUUGUGUUUUAACCUGCGCUGGGAAUGUAGGGUGGAGGGCAGGUAAUAAAUUCAUAAUUAAUUGCAGCAAUAGCUGCACUUACUGAUUUUUACAUUAGUGCACCCUAAAGAGAAGUUGCUCAAGGGGAUCUUUGCUGUGUGUGUUUUCUUUCAGGAGAUGGCUUUAAAGAAGGAUUAAAUAAAUUCAUGGAGGAUAAGGCUAUCAGCGAGUACUAACCAUAAUAGCUGUCAGGGGCAGACCUUGGUAAUAGGGUAUCUUGUGCAAGGCCCAAAUUUUAUGCCCCCUCCCAGCCAACAACUGCCUUCCCAAAGCCGGGUAAGAGCGGUGCCAGGCUUUAAGGAAGGAGGCGUGAAGUCUCGGGCAAGGUCCUAGAGCCCUCCCACCUCCUGGGAAGGGGCUGACUAGGUUUUGGGUAGGAGGAGGGUGGGCUAUAUAGGACCCUGUCAGAACCCUCACUCCUCCUUCCCAUUGCAAGUGGUUACUAGGCUUUGGGAAUGAGGCAGCAAGGUCCCACCAUGGCUUGGCGCCCUGUAUGGGGGGAAACUGGUUGCACUGCCCUAAAUCUGCCUCUGUAGCUGUCCAAGGUCAGAGGCGGCUUGCUAACUGAUGGGAAACAAUAGCUAGAGAUGGCUGUUAUUGCCUUCAUGUCCUGCUUGCGGGCUUCCCCUAGGCAUCUGUUUAGAAAUGGCGAGAAAUCUUAUGCUAGACUAAAUAGGCAUUUGUUCUGAUCCAGGCAGGCUCUUCUUAUGUAACAUGCAAGUCUAGGGUUUAAAGGCAGGUGAUUGCAUUCCCCGAAUGUUUUGAUGAGGCAGGGAAGUUAAAGAACUAAAUUCCACUCAUGAAACAUAUGUCCUUACAAGUUAACCAGAACUACAUGUAUGCAUAUUGGAAAACAGUGCAGUUCUUAUAAUCUGUACUGGAUGGCUUCCUACAGAAUAUGUACUAACAUUUUCAGAUAUUUGGAUUUUUGAUCUUUUGUACAGUGGUGCCUCGCAAGAUGAAAUUAAUCCGUUCCGCGAGUCUCUUCGUCUUGCGGUUUUUUCGUCUUGCGAAGCACGGCUAUUAGCGGCUUAGCAGCUAUUAACGGCUUAGCGGCUUUAAGAAAAAGGAAACAAACUCGCAAGAACUCGCAAGACGUUUCGUCUUGCGAAGCAAGCCCAUAGGGAAAUUCGUCUUGCGGAACGACUCAAAAAACGGAAAACUCUUUCGUCUAGCAAGUUUUUCGUCUUGCAAGGCAUUCGUCUUGCGGGGCACCACUGUACAACAAUGUGAAAUGGCAGGUUCAUGUGGAUCACAGCAUAGGAUGGGGAAUAGUCAUUUGAGAGUGACUUUAACAGAUUGGAUUUUUUUAAAUUUUCUUACCAUUUCUAGUUAGCAUACUUUUCCUGCCACCGCCUUGCUCCCCCCCCCCCCCACAACCCAGUGAUAGAAUUUUGACUGAGGUUGAGUCGGUUCUUGCCUCCCUAGUGUCAGGUAAAAUAUUUUCUAAUUUCUGUGAACUAAACAUAGAACCUUAUUCCUGUUCUCCCAAUGACAACCGAUGGACAUUUUUGAGGAGCCUCAUAUCGCUUAAUCAAUUAAACUUUUUUUUUCUAACUUCACUUUUCUCUUCAAGGAAAUUUCUCAGAAAUAUAAGAAUCUCCCCAGUUCAAUCUGUCAUGCUAGUUUAGACAAAUCACCACUGAGGUCUACUGACAGGUCACGCUAUGGAAAAGCAUUGCAAUUUUUUAGAGUCAUCAUAUGAUCAGCCAAGCAACCAGAUCUUUCCGUGUUCUGAAUACAUUAGCAAUAGCUGUUCCAAAAUGGUUGCUAAGGACUGUACAUUGCUUGACAUUAUUUCUGUAGCCCCAUGACCAAGCAAGAGAACAAGUUGGUUACACUUGAAAGCAGACUUACCUCUGAAGAAUCUCUCAAGUAGAAUAUCCAACAAUAAUAUAGUAUAUGUUAACAUUUAUAUUAAGGUGGAGAGAAUCUUCUGUCCUAGAGAUCUCUCUGUGACAUGUUUUAUAAGGGGUGGUGCAUUUGGUUAUAUUCAGCAAUUUUGUUUUAUUUUUUCACCAGUCCAUGGGUGUCUCAUCACAAGUAAAAACAUGUGAUGUGAACUUUCACAUAGGAAGUUGCCUCAUACUGGGUCACUCUAUUGGUCUGUCUCGCCUGGCAUUGUGUAGCUUUCUAGGAUACUAGACAACGGUCUUUGCUAUCCCCUUCUACCCAGUCUUUUUUAAUGGGAAAUGCUUUGGGAUGAACCUGGGACCUGUAAAGCAGAUGCCCCAGCAAGAUUUCCAUGAUUGUCACAGCUCUAAAAAGUGCCUUGGACACUUUGAGGCUGGGGAGUGUUGCCUAAAUAUAAGUCACCAAGGGAGAUGUUGUGGGUCAACUGGUGAUGGUGAUGGUGAUUUGCAUUUGUCAUUCACUUCAUUACAAAAAAGUCUCAAAGCAACUUAGCAACAAAAUAAAACGACAGACAUACAAAAUAAAUUAAAAGCCAUUAAUAAUGAUGUGCUGCACAAGGAGUGCCAAAGUUCUUCUGGUUUGCACAGUAUGAUGCAGUUUUAGGCACAUGCACAACCAAAAAGAAAACAACUGUGUAAAACGGGCCUAAAGUUGACUUAUUUUGUGUUCCUGUAGAAUGGACACAAGUGGCUUUAAUGAAGGUAAUCACCGGUCAUUGUGAGUCCUCCUGACUGCAAAACCCUACGCAGUUCGUUAUGCUGAGGAUGUGUGCUUUAUACUUUCAUGCAAGGACAGUUACAUAAAAGGACUCCCCCCCACCAGCUGCAUUUGCCCUCCCUCCCCUUCCUUCUGUCAGAUCUCAGGGAAUAAAGGCUGCGUUUCAAGAUAAGACUGUGCACUGUUUAGUGCACCGGUGAGGAUUUGAGGCUCCCUGCAGGGAGAACUGAUGAGAGCAGUUAACUAACCGUUGAUCCAGUGAGCCACAGGAGGGGUGUGGGAGGAUCCUGUCUACCAAUCAAAGAGAGAGGCAUAACUUUUUAAUGGUUAAACAACAACAAUGUGAACUUUUACUUCAAAGGGAGAGGAUAAACAUCUUAGAAGGAGAAACUUUUUUUGUGUUUUUGUUUUGCCUUCUUUAGUCCUUGGGCUAGAAGCAAACUCUGGGAAGUGGCAGAUGGAAGGACAUUGCUUUGAACACAUAGCUCUGCAAUCCUAAAGGGGCAACCCCUUAAUCUGCUUCCACUUUGAUUAGAUUACACAGAUAAGAGGUAAACCGAAAUUUGCCAUAGGUUAAAAUUGUGGGGGGAGUGUUCUAGAGUAAGCAGUGUAUUUUAAAACAACUUUAUACUGUAAACUACCCUGUGAGCUUAGGAUGAAGGGCAGUAUAUAGAUUUAAAUACUACUACUACUAAUACUACUACUACUAGGUUAUUAGCUAUAAGUGAAAACAGUGGAUAGGCAUUUACUUGCACACCAUUUAGAUGGCAAGAAAGUUACUACAGCAGCCUAUGAACACAUGGAGGGCGAGAGCAGGGAUAAAGGAACAGCAAAUAAGUUGCUGUCCAAAUGUUGUGGACUCCAACUAGGACUCCAACUACAAUCAGCCCCAGUCAACCUGGCAAUGGUCAGGGAUGAUGGGAAUUGUAGUCCACAAUGUUGGGAGGCUAUUUCUGCCUUACAUGAUUUCUGAUUAUGAAAAAACAGCUAUUCAUUGUCUUCCUGAGUGAUUGUUUCCUGCCUGAACUGUUCUUUUAAUUACUUUAUUUAUACAGGUAUGGUUCAUUUUAAAUGUUUCCUGCUUGGCAGGGGGUUGGACUCGAUGGCCCUUGUGGUCUCUUCCAACUCUAUGAUUCUAUGAUUCUAUGAAAUAUAAGUAUUGCUAAUUAAACUUAACUGAAGGUGUUCCUUCAGUCCUUCCCCCACCCCUAUCGAACAGGAAGCACACAGAAACGUUAAAACAGAUGUUGGGGCAAACCUGUUGUUUUACAGCACUGACUGCAGAGGUGCUUUGUGCUGCAAUUGUAUGCUGCGCUGCUCUGAAUUAGAAUACCCUCCAGACUAUAGACAACUGUUCCUUUAAGAUAGUUGAAUAUGGCAAAAUUUCACUGCAGAAACUGCUGAAUAUUCUCUCCCAUGCCUCUCUUAUCAGUCACGUGCAGGCCUCCUGAAUCACAAGAUUUAGGGGGUUUUUUGCUCAGUUAAUCCCAUGUAAAGCUAAUUAAUAAUUUUGCUGUGCUGUUCCUGCUGGGGCAAAGCAUCUGCAGCUGCAAUAUCAGGAGCUAACUACAUGUUAUGUGUAAACUGGUAUAAUAGAGUAAUCUGAAAAGAAAACAGCUUUGGUGCCAGUAAUUUUGAGUGGAUAAGCACUAAGGGGGAGUGGUUGUUAACCCUUUUUCUGUUCCCUUUUUCUCCUUUUCAAUUUGCCAGCUGCUUUCCUUUAAAAAAAAAAAAAAGGCUUUGGAGCUGCAAAACACAUGACAUGUAGUUACCCCCUCAGCACAGGUGAUAUUUGCAAAUGAAUUGAAUAGUUUUGCUAAUUUAUUGGUGCUUAAAUAACAGUUAAGGAAGAAAAAUCAAUAUUCAAUAAUGAGGCUUCCUGUAUAUCUGUUAUGGAGCAUUAUCAAUAAUUGUGUACCCAUUAAAAAGUUUCAUAGUUUGUAUUCUUAUUAAUGUGUGGGGAAUAUAGCCAAGGGUUAUUUACUGCAAGGCCAUUCAGAUAGGCUUUGCUUUGCUUAUUGAACAGUAGGCAUUUUAAUAAUUUGUUUUUUGUUAAGCCAGUGACAUCACUUUCCAUUUCAUUCUAUGCAAAAACUUUUAUGAUUUUUAAAAAAUAAAUUGGAUGAAUCUGUUUGGUAAAUCUUGGCAGUUAAAUCAUGGAGUUAAAUUAAGCCCCCUGCCUCCCUUUUAAAAUUAGUUGCUUUACAGCACAAUCCUCUGCAUGUUUACUUAGAAGUAAGUCCCAUUGUGUUCAGUGGGACUUAGUCCUUUGUAAGUGCUUAUAAGUUUGCAGCAUUACUAAGCAGGAUAACUGGAUAUCUUACACUUUAUGUUGGUCUGUUCAUCUUAAGUCGGCUAAGGUUUUCUUUUAUGUUGCUUGCUAUAAUAAACGUGUGUAGGGGGAAAUAUGAGGUUCAGGCAGUUACUGCAUGAGCAGCAGUUUCAUCCAUGUGCUUUGGUGUUCAAAUAAAUUCUUGCAACACAUUUCAAAUGCAAUGUUGUACAAAGUUUCCUUUUGGAUCCCCCCCCCCCACGCUUUUACAUGGAGACAAAGUCCAUGUAGGGUGGAAGGAGAGGGGAGCAGCCCUUUUUUUCCUGCUCCUUAACACUUCACAACUAUAGGUCAUAACUUUGGCCGUGUCAAUUAAUUGUAUUUGUAGUAUAAAACUGUGUAUCAAUAAACAUUCACCUGCGCUGUGAAUCUGCCUAUUAAAGGUGAAGAGCUCUGCGAGUGCGGCUUUCUCCCAAUUGAAGUGCAGUGUUUGAGGACUGGGACAUUCGCAGGGAAACCAAAAUGCUUGUUUACAAAGCUAUGGUAGUACCAACCUUACUAUAUGCUUGUGAAACAUGGACCACUUAUAACCGCCAUCUCCAGCUCCUUGAAAGAUUCCAUCAACGGUGUCUCUGAAAAAUUUUACACAUCACUUGGGAAGACAGGCGAACUAAUAUCAGUGUACUGGAAGAAGCAAAGAUCACCAUUGUUGAAGCAAUGAUUCUUCAACAUCAACUUUGUUGGACUGGUCAUGUUGUGCGGAUGUCUGAUGAUCGUCUUCCAAAGCACCUACUCUAUUCCGAACUUAAAAAUGGAAAGCGUAAUGCUGGUGGUCAACAAAAGAGGUUUAAAGACUGUCUCAAGGCAAAUCUUUAAAAAUGUAGUAUAAACACUGACAACUGGGAAACAGUGGCCUGCGAGCGCUCCAGUUGGAGAACAGCCUUUACCAAAGGUGUCGUGGGCUUUGAAGACACUCGAACUCAGGACACAAGGGAGAAACGUGCUAAGAGGAAGGCACACUUGGCAAAUCCACACCGUGAUCAACUCCUACCCAGAAACCAAUGUCCCCACUGUGGAAGGACAUGUGGCUCCAGAAUUGGCCUCCACAGUCACUUAGGGACUCAUUGUUAAAAUCGUGUUUAUGGAAGACAGUCUUACUCAGCUACGAGUGAUCGCCAAAGAAGAAGAAAAAGAAGGAAUCUGCCUAUUCUUAAGAAUUACUAGACUCCUGGUUUCCCCCAAUCCCAGUGUGCCACAUCGCAGGUGGGUGGUGCCCCAUCGCCUGUCAAUCACCUGAUAUUACUAUGGCACCAGAGGACCAGUUUUUCCUUUGAACCAUUGCAAGCUGUGGUGCAUAGGGACAGCCUAGCCAAGUAAGGCUUGACGUUGCCACCUAUCAGCUGAUAGCAAGUGACUCCAAGCCUGCUUCCUGCAGGGAUCCACUGUGUGACCAAGUUCCCCACAAGGCCUGAAGUGAUAGGAGGUUUAGCCCAUUGGAGUUUGCCAUAUCCCCACUUUGGGCAGGGGCCAGCUGUAUUGUCCUUCCUGUUCCCCAGUUGUUCAGCCAAUCCCAGCUCUGUGUCAGUCAGCUGAUUAGCAGGACAAGAAGCUUCCCUUGCCACUGCACAAUUUAGAGCACACUUCAAGGUUGACACCUCUGUACUGACAGGCCAUGUCCCUAGCUGCCCAAAUCCUAAUAUCACAUAUGACAUCAAGGUGUGGGGCAGGCGGGGAAAUGGCCUCACGGGCUAAAUAGGACCCAUGCUGGACCUAUUUAGGCUAGCAGGCCAGGUAUUCCCCACCCUUAUGGGAUAAAAGUUAAUGUGGAAAAGAGUAGUCUUUUCUGCCUCCAUUAAAAGCAUCUUCCUUGAUGUGGCUGUAUUAUUAUUAUUACUUUUUUCAUACCCUUUUUUUAAAAUAAAAGCAGUCUGAUAUGCACUGUUCCUGCACCACCUCUAUUCGUUUUGAAAAAGUAUUCCCUCCUCUGUUUCUUUAGGCUUUCUGUCAAAAUUUAAAAUGACCUUUAGUUUUUCCUGUUACGAAUUGUUCAAAGAUUUAAACCUGUUUACUCAUUACCAGUCAGAAACUUGAGUCACCGAGAUACUUAGUAGAGAACCACUUCCUUUUUUUAAAGACACUUCUGUACUGUGGCACAUUAGUGAAAUAAUGUGUCGGCUUCAGCUGUAGUAGCAGUUGCGACUGUUACUGGUCUGGGAUAGCUUGAUUGCAUUAUAUCAGGCAUUGGUAAUGGAUUACAGUACUGCAUUGCAUUCUAUGUGGGGCUUCCCUUGGGGUUGAGCAGGAAACUGUAGCUAGUGCAAAAUGCUGCAGAACAAUUGCUGACAAGAGUCAGGUUCUGUCAACAUAUUCCACCUCUGCUCAGAGAUCUGAACUGGGUCCUGACCUGUUACUGGUCCAGGUUCAAAGUGUUGUUACUGAUAUAUAAAAACCUCAACAGCUUGAGACCAGUUUACCUGAAAGAUCACCUUUGACCCAGAUGUGCCUACUUGACCACUUUUGUCAAGUCUACCCAGACAUGCAAUUUUAUGCAUACUUGUUUUCAAAUUACUUUAAUAGUAGUGGCAUUGCUAAUGUUUUUGAUAAUUGUGUGUGUGUGUUGAUUUGUUGAUUUUAUCUGUAAUUUCGUAACUAUUCACACUAUUUUAUGUAAACUGCUUUAAAGACGUUCCAUUUUCGAAUUGAACAGUCUACAAAUUCUGUUAAAUAAAUAGAUGGGUUUUUGUUUUUAAUAGAACACAGUGUGGUUCUGUGGUCAGGUUUCAACUAUCACUCUUGAAAUUGCCACUCCCAGUGCUGCUCAUUGGGUAUUACCUCACCUCAGAUUUUGAAAUAUUUUUCUAGCUCUGUCAGCAAUCCAGAAUUCUUCCUGGCAGUAAUGUUCAGAAAGAAGAAAAACCCUCCUCCUUGUAUGUGUGAAAUUCUGCUCCCCUUUUCUUGAAAUGACUCCCACUUCCAGUUCUUUGAACAGGAUUUGGAACCUGGACAGAGCAAGUCUGUUCUUACUAUUCAGCAGUGACUAGCCUCCCAGCUAACAGCAACUUCCAUCAGCCCCAGUGAGCAUGGCCAACGAUGAGGGAUGGUGGGAGCUAUUCAACAAUGCCUGGAUGGGCACACGUUUCCCCAUCUGUACUGUGGUAGAAUCAACACUGUUGGAGGGUGGAAGAUUUCAAAAUAGAAUGCAACCCGCUCGAAUGAAGGAAAAAGUGGCAUAUGCCUAUUCAUUGUCAACAGCACCUCAACAUGAGACAAAAACAGCCCCCCCCACUACCACUGCACCCAUCUACAAUGCAGAUUGGGUGUGUAAUAGACCAUGGCAUCGCACAAAUUGGGUGGCUCGCUGUUGAGAAACAGAUUUGCAUUCAUGCUAAUGUAGCCAUUGUAAUGGCAGACAAGAGUACUUCAGUAAUACUACUAAGGGCUCAUCCAGGGAGACCUCAUGUUGAGGAUCAAGAGCAGCUUCAGCACUUACUGAUUCUCCCACAGGGUAAAUAUUCAGGAUGCUUCAGUCCAUAAUGGUUGCUGAUGAUCACCAUUGUUAAUAAAGACUGCAGCAGGACUAGCUGAUUGGCUCUCUCCAUACUAAUAGCAUGGCUCAUCUGGGGACAAGGGACUUUUCUGUUCCCACACUCUUUGUUGUGAUGCUAGAUCAGAAGGACUGGGAGCUGUUGCCUAGAUGAACCUUUGCUUUCUUGCAUCUUGUCUCCCAUCAAGCAGAUUAAAAAGGAAACUGUACUGUACCAUAUUCCCUCUCUGCCCCGACCUGCUGCUGCUUCACAGCUCCAGUUCGUCAGAUUUAUCUAAUUCCUUCAGUGGAGUAGGGGCAUAAUCAACAACGUUAGUCUUGUAAAAACAAUAUCAAAUUCCAGGCAUUGUUACAUGUUAUUAAUAAACAAGAUCUAGGAAAGCGGGCAACAUGCCACAUUAUCAAAUUCCCCUAUUACAAAUAUACUUCGAAGCUCAUGUUGCCAUUUAAUAUAAAUAACAAUCCCCAAAUAUCUAUAAAACCAACCUGCCUGAAGGGCAUGCUUUUAUUUGAUGUCAUGCUAAUCAGUUUUGGUGUGCCAGAAAUUACAGUUGCUGAUGGUCCAUCUGUUUUGUAUUUAUCUUAUGUGAUAAGUGGUGUUUAUUUGAUAAGAAUCAAUGCGAUGAAUGUUUAUGAAAUGAAACAAUUUUUUUGUCUCAUUUUUUAAAUCACAAAAUCAAUUGUUUUUGUCUCACUAAAUCACACCCACGAAUGCCAUAAAGUAUAUCCUAGCAUAAAUUUAACAAUGCAUACCUUGAAGUAGUGUUAGAAAGUGGAGACUCAUUUUUCACGCUAGCUUUCAGAUGUAUGGUACUGCACUUUCUGUACUUCAGUAAUCCUGCUGAUUAUUCAUUGUAACUUAACAAACCUUUAGGUCAAGUAUGCUAUGGUAUGAUUAUCUGGAAAUGCUCCCGUAUUGUUUAAAACUCAUCUCAGUUUAAAACAGCCUUCAUCAACCUGGUGCCUUCCAGAUGUUUUGGAUACCAGCCUUCCAAGUUGGCAAAGGCUGGUUUGGAACAUGGUUGGUUCCUGUCCUAUCUCAUGAGAUUGAGCCAAGCGCCAUGCUCCAAAUUCAGGAGGAAUUUUAAAAAAUAUUGGUGAUCUAUAUGUACAAGAGGCAAAUUCUGUAAGUGUGCCAUGCUGUGGAGUGCUGUGGUCCUUUGGAGAAGAAGAAGAAUGUUAGUUCUAUCAGUUCCUCAGCACUUUGCUACCAUUAGUACCUUAGCAUGUAUGACUGCAUGUGCAGUGGUAUGCCUUGGUUCUCAAAUGCCUUGGUACUCAAACAACUUGAAACCCAAACACUGCAAACCCAUAAGUAAGUGUUCCGCUUUGCAAACUCUUUUCAGAAGUCAAAUGUGCUCCGUUUUGAAUGUUAUGCUUCUGAUUUGAGUGCCAUACUUUUGUGCUGAGGUCUGUCUGUUUUUGCUAUUGAUUUUGAGGUCUGUUUUUGUUUAUGCGGCUCUUUGUUUUUGUUUUUUGUGACUGUAUGGAACCCAAUUCAGCUACUGAUGGAUUGAUUUAUUGAUUUCAUUUUAUGGAUCAGUGGUCUCGUUAGAUAAUAAAAGUCAUGUUAAAUUGCUGUUUUAGGGGUUGUUUUUAAAAGUCUGGAACAGAUUAAUCCAUUUUGCAUUACUUUCUAUGGGAAAGCACGCCUUGGUUUUGGAACGCUUUGGUUUUGGAACAGACUUCCAGAACGGAUUAAGUUUGAGAGCCAAGGUACCAUUGUAUGUCUUUUUUCCCCUUUUUUUCUUUGUAAACACCUUUCCAGGCAGAGGCAAAAGCGUGGGAUGUAGUAGUUCAGAGGUAGGACUAUCUCCUCUAGUGUGGAUUUGGAGAAUGGGAAAAUUCUAUUAAAGAAAUCAAGGCCAAGCCUAAUAUGUGCAUUAAAGAAUAUGAUUAUUAUAGCAUGUUUCCACAAGUUACUGCAUUGGGCCAUUUUAUUGGCUUAUAGGAAUCAAGCAGCAGUGCUUAGAGUCUGUGCAUUCUCUUGCAUGGCUAUAGUACUUGACCCAAUUUCUGGUACUAACAGGAAUUUAUUAGCCUGUGAACACCUACCCAGCAGAGACAGAAACAGAGACAGGGGGGCCGUUCCAAAGGCUUGCUGAAUGUUUCCGUGCCAGUUUUUGAGACACUGUGCAGUGCAUCAUAUUCCUGGUAAUUUGGGGGAUUUCUGUGAAACGUGACUGAUUCUGACAGGCAACGGGAAGCCUAGCUGGCAAGAGGAGGAUGCCGUUUCAGCUGCAGUGGUGCAAAACUUCAGUUAUGCUGCGAAAUUUAAGCGGCCUUUUAGAACGGAGCUGCCCAGCUGAUAACCUCAUAUUUAUCUCAUAAAUAUUAAACAGUUUGAACUGCAUAUUAGUCAGCUAUGCCUAGCGGGGCCUUGGUGGCUCUUUCUCUCCCUAGCAAUUACCGUAUCAGCGCAGAUCAUUGGCCUGUUCCUUCGCCUACUGCUCAUUUAUGGUAAUCGGAGGCAUUGUGGGGGAUGUGCUGCAAAAACAUUCUUGUUACAGGGGCAGUAGUCAUAAACUCAUGGCUGAGGUUGUUUCUAUCCAGGAGAGAACGGGGUGAUUCUGCUCCCUAUUAAUCAGAGACUGGUUAAUUUUUCUUCACAAUUGGCAAUGCGUUAAAAAGCUGUUGGCUAGGAGAAGCUAAUUAGAAUCCUCAAUUGCAGAGUGUUGAAUAAAUAGCUACCAUUCAUCAAUUAGGGGUGUUUUUUCCUUGCAGCAUGGAAUUAUUCUGAGCCCCGUCCUAAUCCAUGUUUAUUUUGAAGUCCAUUUGAUUUCAAAAGGGACUUACAGUGGUGCCCCGCAAGACGAAUGCCUCACAAGACGGAAAACCCGCUAGACGAAAGGGUUUUCCGUUUUUGAGUUGCUUCGCAGGACGAAUUUCCCUAUGGGCUUGCUUCGCAAGGCGAAAAUGUCUUGCGAGUCUUGAGAUUUUUUUUCGCUUUCCCCCCCCCUUUAUCUAAGCCGCUAAGCCUUUAAUAGCCUUUUAGCAGCUAAUCCGCUAAGCCGAUAAGCCUUUAAUAGCCGCUAAACCGCUAAUAGCGCUAAUCCGUUAAGCCGCUAAUAAGGUUGCUUCGCAAGACGAAAAAACCGCUAGACGAAGACACUCGCGGAACGGAUUAAUUCCGUCUUGCGAGGCACCACUGUACUUGGGAUUCAAGCCUGAACUUGUUUUCCUGGAUACUUUUUGAAUUCUUUUAAAAUAAACCAACUCAGCCACACUUCUGAAAUGUGUGUGUGAUUAAUGAUAAAUAAGAACGGGUGAUAAAACUAAAGUCAAACCUCGGGUGUCAAACGUAAUCCGUUCUGGAAACCCGUUCAGCUUCCAAAACGUUGGACAACCGAAUCACGGCUUCUGAUUGGUUGCAAGAGCUUCCUGCCCUCAGCGGAAGUCGCAUCAGACGUUCGGCUUCCGAAAAAUGUUAAACUGGAGCAUUUACUUCCGGGUUUUCAGCGUUCGGGAGCUGAAUUGUUUGAAAACAGAGCUGAAAACAGAGCCGAGGUUUGACGGUAUUUGCUGUGAAUUUUGCAUGCCGACAUUAACUUCCUCUUUUUCUUUUCAUUUUACAAAGUCUUCAAUGGGGGAGGGGGGUGAAAUAAUGAGAGUUGACUGUCAUUUGAUCACAUGUAUCAUGCAUGGCCAGAUACACCAGGAAGCCAAGUCUGUAACUGCUGCUAGAUUACAAAGCAGCAUGGUAGGUGCUGGAAUGAGUCAGGAGCAAAGCACCUGCAAUUCUGUCCCCAGAAAUGUGCAUUUGCUUGUUCACAGUCUGACCUUGUGUAAAGUGUGAACCAGGCCACUUCUGCACCUUAUUUACAAGGAAAGUGAGAGUGCUUUUUUGCCACAGAAUAAUAUAUAUAUAUAUAUAUAUACACACACACACACACACACAUAUAUACACACACACACACACAUAUAUAUACACACACACACACACAUAUAUAUAUAUAUAUAUACACACACACAUAUACAUAUAUAUAUAUAUAUAUAUAUAUAUAUAUGGCUAGGGACGCAGGUGGCACUGUGGGUUAAACCACAGAGCCUAGGACUUAACGAUCAGAAUGUCGGUGGUUCGAAUCCCCGCGAUGGGGUGAGCUCCCGUUCUUCGGUCCCUUCUCCUGCCAACCUAGCAGUUCGAAAGCACCUCAAAGUGCAAGUAGAUAAAUAGGUACCGCUCCGGCGGGAAGGUAAACGGCGUUUCCAUGCGCUGCUCUGGUUCGCCAGAAGUGGCUUAGUCAUGCUGGCCACAUGACCCAGAAGCUGUACACCGGCUCCCUCGGCCAAUAAAGCGAGAUGAGCGCCACAACCCCAGAGUCAGUCACGACUGGACCUAAUGGUCAGGGGUCCCUUUACCUUUACCUAUAUAUAUUUGGCUAAGAUUUCUUUGAGUGAUAGCCCUAAGAGAAAUGGGAAUUAGUUUGGAAUUGGCUAAAUUUUAUUGGGGGGAGGGGAAUCAGGAAUGGGUUCAGCCCUUUGCCUGCUACCGAUUUUCCACCCGGCUGUACAUUGAGUCAUUCUCACAUGUAACAGUAACAAGGUUAUGACUUAUGCAAUCUUCCCCAUCAGAAUCAUGUGUCUGGUGUGUGCUUUCUUUGGUACUUUAGUAUUCUGCAGCCUUUGCUGCAUUCCUUGCCUGCUAGGAGAUAAUUUUGCUCUUUGUUACUGUUUUGAGCAAGGCAUGUUGGCUGGAAAGGGUACGCUCCACAAAGCAAGCUGACUUUUAUUUCUUUGACAGAAUAGUGUAAGCAUCAGAGGGGAAUUGAAAAAAUCGAAUAUUCUGUGGAAAUUUCUCCAUACAUUGUUUGGGUGGUGGUCUCCAAUGAAUCAAACUUCACCAAGGGCCAAUGAAGUCAUGUUGGAUCAAAAGGAAAGGGCUGGAAUUACUCUAGGACAUGCUUUACUGAACUCUGACGCUGGGGUGCCUUCAGAUUGUCAGCAUUUUGUGGGAGGGAUUCAAAUGUGCUGGGAAAUUUAGGUUUGUGCAAUUAGAAUGGACUUAAGUGAUCUGUUGCCUUCAUGCGACAAAUCCACUUUAAAAAAUAAAUGGGCUUUUUGCUGUUAGGAAAGUGACUAAGAAAUAAACUGAAAGGCGUGGAAUGAAUGAAUGAUUUAAAUGAAGACAUAUACUGGUAAACACACCACUUGUUAAUUAGGUUGAGUGCUCAUUGAUUUAUAACCUUUCUACAGACAAAUCAGAACAAAUGUUCAAUAAAGACUAAAUAAAAUCUAGUUUCGAUGUAAGCUUUUUGUGAGCAAAUCAGGAUAACUGCUGAGUAAGUAGGAUAUUAUUUCUUUGGAGUAGGAAAAAGACACUGCAAAACCAGUACAGGUGAUCAGUGACCUGCCUUAGAGGGGGGCUAUAUCUGAGAACUAGUCUUAUCAAAAUGUUUUGAAAAUGAAAUGGUUUAUUUCAGUAAUAAUAAUAAUAAUAGGAGAAAAGCUACAGUUAGUAGUAAAAGAAUGAAACUUGAGGGCAUCCCUUUUAUGUUGCAGAAGUUUGUGACGUUUUUGGUAGGCACGGAGGCUUCGUGCUCUCACCCUUGCCUGAUUUUUGUUUUUCAGAUGGAGGAAACAUGUGAAGAUAUAGAUCAGAUGUUCAGCGAUUUAUUGGGGGAAAUGGAUUUGCUGACACAGGUAAGUUAUACUUUCUUAGCUGAUUUGGAGAAUUGGUAAAAGAAAGUAAAAAAGAAGGAAUAAAGAAUCCUUCUUCCUGUCUCCAUUCAUCGUUGUUCUUUCUUACUAAAUAUAAUUAUUUCAACAUACCGAGAUUGAUUCCUCAUCUUCUGCCCCCACGUUGCCCAUGAAAUAACCAGUACCAGUUGCGAGAGACUUUUUGCAGCUGAAGCAAAACAUCACAAUGCCUGUUGUGCUAGACCAGCACACCUAUCAACAUUUUUUAAAAAGAAAGGACACUACAGUCAUACCUUGUAAGUCAAACAGCUUAGUUCCCGAACGUUUUGGCUCCUGAACUUCGCAAACCCGGAAGUGACUGUUCCAGUUUGUGAACUAUUUUGGAAGCCGAACGUCCGACAGGGCUUCCACGGCUUAUAAUUGGCUGCAGGAGCUUCCUGAAGCCAAGCAGAAGCCAUGCUUUGGUUUUUGAACAUUUUGAAAGUCAAUUGGACUUCUGGAACAGAUUCUGUUUGACUUCCAAGGUACGACUGUAUAACUAUCCCUGCAUGCAUUAUGUGGGAAUGGGGAAUUUUAUAGCAGAAACAGGUUACUAUGUCGUUGGAGCACGUAUUUGCUCACUAAAUUCUGCUUUCCCUCUUGUGGGGGGUGGGGAGACCCCGUAUACAGGGGACCUUGUGUCUUUCAUUUUCAGCCAUUUGUCUGUUAAACCCAUCUCCUGCCCCUUCACCAAGCUACUUUCCUUCCUGUAGGGGAGUUUAAUUCCCUCCCUGGCCCACCUCACCUCUCUUCUGCUUCUGAUUGCUGAGUCCUGCGGCUGCUUUUCCUUUAGAAAAAGAAACCUCUGGGAAAUGGGUCGCAUAUAUCCUUUGUAAUGUCAAGUUGGCCUUUAGAUGUCAGCGGAAUGCUGGCAACGUAGCAAAAUAAGAAUCUAUGGCACAAAUUACAUAAAUUUUGAAAGUGUAACUUGAAGCACUUAACCUGCCACUUCGGUUUUUAUAUAUGAGUCCCUUGGCAUAAAGCUUUAUUUCUGAUUUUUUUUUUAUGGUGUUCAGAUAGGUUCCGUCAGUUGUAUUUUACUCUGUAGAUUAGGAAUUCUGCUGGAAGGAGCUUGCAAACCAAUAAAAUAAAAUAAAAUAUUGUUCAUACCACCCCAACCUCCACAGCAGUGCAAAAUUCCAGGGCUGCAGGCUCCUACCCAAGGUUCAUGUUUCCUUUGGAAAUGAGGCACAGGGGAGACUGUGGUGUCUUUAUGGCAUAGGGUUUAUGGACACAGAUAUAUAUAACCUGAGCCUGCCAUGGAGGGGUUCAGAUCAUUGCCACUCCAAAAGGGCCUUGCUUCUCCCAUAGGCACGCUCCUGGAUUCAAAAGAGAAAAUCAAACAUGCUCCAAAAUGUAGCUCUGACCCCACUCUCCAGCUUGCUGAUCUUUUCCAGACUACAACAUCACUGCAAAAACUCCAUCCUAAACUUUCCUUUUGUCUUUCGAACUAACUAACCUUUGGGAGGGACGGCAGCACUGAGCCACUUCCAUUUUCCCAGCUAAUGACUCAUCCUGACUUGUAUUUUAAUAUGCAAGAAUAAAUAUCUAGAACCCCAGAAUUAGAAGGGGAGUCCAGGCACCCCACAAACAUUAUGAUUUAAUGGCACAGUGUUGGCUAUCAGAACAGUAAUCCCAAUUCACUACAGUGGUACCUCGGGUUACAUACGCUUCAGGUUACAGAUGCUUCAGGUCACAGACUCUGCUAACCCAGAAAUAGUACCUCGGGUUAGGAACUUUGCUUCAGGAUGAGAACAGAAAUAGUGCAGCGGCAGCGUGGCGGCAGCAGGAGGCCCCAUUAGCUAAAGUGGUACCUCAGGUUAAGAACAGUUUCAGGUUAAGAAUGGACCUCCGGAACGAAUGAAGUAUGUAACCAGAGGUACCACUGUAUUAAGUUUCUGGCUUCUUAAUAAUGGAUUAGGUGUAAAUGAGAAAAUAGAACAGCUUGAAAACUAAUAAAUAACCUUUUCUAUGUAGAUAUUGACACUGAGUCUGCUUUGUGACAGUGGCCACCACCACUGUUUCCCCAGUUUUGUCUCCCCACCUGCCCUCUAAGCUGCUAUUUAUCUUGCUGGGGAAACAAACAGCUCUUUUGUGGAAGGUGGUUUAAAUCAGGGAAACAGCACAGGGGAAAGGAUUUUUUAAACCCUGCAAGUGCCCUGGCAACUUAAGCUGUUGCUUUUAAAAAGAUAUAUCAACAUCAGGAGGUCCAAUCAUGGAUCUUACAUUUCUAUUUUUUAUUUUUUUACCUUAAGACAAACUAGAUAGUAUGUGAAAUGCAUGGCAUUUCACUUGUUUGUGUUUUGUUAGUGACUUGGGGAUUUGAGGGGAUGGUUGAACAGAGCUGUGGAAGCGGGGAGGGGGAGAAUGGCUUAUAGUCAAAAGUUUCCUGCCCCCCUUAUGGUGUUCACACUGAAUACAGUGGUGCCUCGCAAGACGAAAAGAAUCCGUUCUGGGAGUCUCUUCGUCUAGCGGUUUUUUCGUCUUGCGAAGCAAGCCCAUUGACGGAUUAGCGGAUUAGCGCUAUUAGCGGCUUUUAGCGGCUUUUAGCGGCUUAUCAGCUUAUCGGAUAAGCAGAUAAGCGGCUUAGCGGCUUAGAAAAAGGGGGGGAAGGAAAAAAAAACGCAGGAACUCGCAAGACAUUUUCGUCUUGCGAAGCAAGCCCAUAGCAGAUUUGUUUUGCGAAGCACCUCCAAAACGGAAAACUCUUUCGUCUAGCGAGUUUUCCGUCUUGCGAGGCAUUCGUCUUGCGGGGCACCACUGUACAUGAUAAAUAAACAACUCAAAACUCAUUUCCCCCAUGACAUAUGAAGCAGCAUUCAAAUGUGUUUGACGUCAAAGGUGGGGCAAGUUAUUCUGGAGAAAGGGAUGUUAAGACUACACUUCCAAUCACAAAGCAAACGUCUUUCUAUAGAGAAUAACCAGCCCAGUAGAUAAGUUUCUGGUCUUAGGAUACCUUGAAUAACUUUUCUACCAUGACUUUUGCCAGUGACAGUGAUAUUUCCCCCCUUUCUUCAUCAGAGUUUGGGAGUAGAAACACUCCCACCUCCACCCAGCAAAGCAGCCAAUGAGGAAUUUAGUUUUGCAGUUGGUUUUAAAGAUUUAAAUGGUGAGUAUUUGUAUUUUGUAUUACUAUGAUCAGUUUGUCAGAGGAGGGGGCAAGCACUAUUUAGCAAAAAGCUAAAUGGAUACUUUUCUCUUCUGAAACAAUUCAUUCAUUUUGAAUGUGUAAAAUGACUUCGGUCUAACUCUUGAAACAAUGAAAGGUUAAAUUUUCUCUUUCUUUCAAAAAAGCGAUCCUGUAAAUUUUACCAGAGCUAUAAUUUGCUUUUGACUAUGGUACUCAGGUUAUUAUAUUUCAUUUCUCUAUGCAAAUCUUAGCCUGGCUUUUAAUACUCAGAUGUAAAUUCCUCUAGUACAGUAUUCCCAGGUGCUCUUUUAAAAACUUGCCUCUGUCACCUCCUUGGCUAGAAGCCAUCCUUAUUAUAAUCUGUGGAACAGCAUCUACUCACACCAGCAGAGCAAGUUGCUCAAGAUCAGUACUGAAAUGAUGCCUGAGAUAUCUUGUAUUUCCUGCCCCUUAACAGAAUCCUUAAAUGCAUUGGAAGAUACCGAUUUGGAUGCUUUAAUGUCUGAUCUUGUAGCAGACAUAAGUGAAGUGGAGAAAGCUACAUUCCAAGAACAGAAAGACGCCUCUCAUUUCCAACGUGCUGCCAAGACUCAGGCUCCAGCAAAUGCUCCUGUCACCACUUAUGCCCAGUCAAGUUUCCCAAAUAUUGCCGUUACCCAGGUUGAGGAUGAUUUGCCGCCACCUCCUCCAGAACUAGCCUUUGGUUUUCCCCCUCCUCCUCCACCUGCUCCAACCCAGCCUCCUGAACCACACACUCAGGUGAGCAGAAUCUGUCACGGCUUAAAAUUAGCCACUGUUUCUUUAAUAUGAAAGGAACUGAGUCAGCAUGAGUCAGCUGCCUACAAUGAAUUGGCAAAGCCAGCAUGACUCACGCAACCUUUCACCUACAUAUGCCUGUAUAUAUAGAGUGGUCAUUGAUUGUGUGCGGUGUGGGUUGGUUGGAAGCUGAUUGCGUUUGUUAUGUAUAAAGCUGUCGGUCAUGGUUGGAGAAGACUUUUUUUAGAAUAAAAGAGCAUUCUGCAAAGUACUCUUUCUAAAGGACUCUUUGUGCCAACUAGGGUCCAAGGACCAGGCAAAGGAGGUCAGAACCUUUUCUUUUUCAAACACUGACAGAAUCUCAUUUCAAAACUCUGCUAGGCCCUUGUUUUAAUGUAAACCUUCACCAGCUUGGUGUCCUCCAUAUACUUUGGACAGCAAGUUCCAUCAGCCAUAAAGUAAAGGGACCCCUGACCAUUAGGUCCAGUUGCGGACGACUCUGGGGUUGCGGCGCUCAUCUCGCUUUACUGGCAGAGGGAGCCGGCAUACAGCUUCCGGGUCAUGUGGCCAGCAUGACUAAGCCGCUUCUGGUGAACCAGAGCAGCACAUGGAAACGCCAUUUACCUUCCCGCUGGAGUGGUACCUAUUUAUCUACUUGCACUUUGACGUGCUUUCGAACUGCUAGGUUGGCAGGAGCAGGGACUGAACAACGGGAGCUCACCCCGUCACAGGUAUUCGAACCGCCAACCUUCUGAUCAGCAAGUCCUAGGCUCUGUGGUUUAACCCACAGCGCCACCUUCCAUCAGCCAUAGACAGACUAUAAUGAGAGUUGUCACCUGGUGGAGGGCACCAGGUUAGCAAAGGCUGUUUUAACGAUUCUGUAGAUGUUUUCCGUAGCACCAAAAGAGAGAACCUAGAAUAGCAAAAUGAAAAGCCCUUCUGUUUUAGAAGCAAAAUCACUUUCUCCUGACCUUUUCAAGUACAAUCCAACUACCCCGAAAGUUUCUCUUGGCCAGAAAGCACAAUAUCAGGUAUUUCAUGUUGAGACAGCCCCAUGUGGAGAAGUAUAGUGGUUCUUUAGUCCAGAGAGCUACUACGUCCCCUUUGUCUUUCUGGGUUUGCCUGAGAUCACGAAGCAGAGAGGUGAAUAAUAUGGAAGUUUUUCUGCUGAAGAGGCAGACUACUUUUCUGUAUAAAUUGAAAUGUUAAGCUAAAACUGAGUUUGUACCUUCAGCAGGGCGAGAAACUUCAACGAAUGGGUGUAAAAACAUAUCAUCCUAGAAUCAGACCAAAGACCUAUUGAGUCCAGCAGGACAUGAGUGGGAUAGUACUUUCCUGCUCCUAUUCAGAGAGCUACCAUCUCUGAUAUUGGAGGCAACAUAUAGCCAUAACAAAUGUUGGAAGACUCAGGACAGAUUAAAAAAACAACAACUGUAUUUUCCCGUUUAUAACAUGCCCCCAUGUAUAGGACGGCCCCUAUUUUUGGGGACUCCAAAUUAAGGAAAUGGGGGGAGUUUGCCCAGAGUCGUGGGGCUGGGGGGGAUUGCCGAAAAUCGCUCACCAGCCACCAGUCGCCCGCAAAAAUGCUGCAGCAGAAGCCAAUCAACAGCAGCCCUUGUCGCAGCCACCAAUUACACGCCAAAUCGCUGCUGACAAUCUCUGGCUCGCGGCUACAACCAAUUGCCUGUCCACCCUUUGCACUAUCCAUGUAUAAGAUGAUCCCCAAAUUUUAACGUUCUUUUAGAAUAAAAAACAUCAUCUUAUACAUGGAAAACUACAGUACUUAUUUACGCAGCACAUCGUUUAACUAAGGAACUCAUACAAUUGUAGAGUUGGAAGGAACCCACGGACCAUUUAGUCCAACCCCUUGCAAUGGAGGAAUCUGCAGCUGUCCUUUACCAGGAUUGCACCUGCAGCCUUGGUGUCAUCGGCACCCUGCUCUAACCAACUGCGCUAUCCAGGCUGGAUUGUGGUGGUCACCAACCUGGAAAGAGGAUUACACAAAUUGAUGGAGGAGAAAGCUAUCAAAGGUCAUGCCCUGUUUCUGAACACCAGUUGCUGGAAUUCACAGAAGGGCAGAGUGCUCUUGAGGUCAAAUACUGUUUGCUGGUUUCCCACAGGCAUCUGGUUGGGCACUGUGAGAACAGGAUGCUGGUCUCUUCAUAUGUUCCUGUGUGAUGGCCUUAAUGUUGGAAAUUAUGGCGGUCCGCAAAACAAGAAGAAACCAACCAACUAGAACAGUGGUAUUCGACAUAAUGGGAUGCUGUGCAAACCCAUGCUGGAGCAGAAAGCACCAAAAAUUAAAAUUUAAAAGGGAGAAGAAAUGAAAAUGUUCAUGAAAUGGAAAGGGGAUAGAAUGCUUCUUACUGGGGUGUGGUGUCUUUAAAAGGGGCUUUACAAUCUUUCUUCUUUCAGGAAGAACAAGAAGCGCAAGCAAAAGCUGACAAGAUUAAGCUUGCAUUAGAAAAACUGAAGGAAGCCAAAGUUAAAAAGGUAGCAUUCUCUAUUUUAUUUUAUUUUUGCAAAAGUAUUGACAAUCAAACCUUACGAUUUUAAACAACCAUUUUAUACAGUCAAGUAUUGGCUUGUUUCAUGUACUUCCCCCUCCAUUUUGUUUGCCUGUUGAUUGGAUGAUUUGCCAAGAUGUCCAGAUCACAAACCAGACAGGUCAUACCUGUUUUCCACCAAGCUGUGGAUAUUCCACUUCUAUUUACUGAAGGCGGUUUUUUUAUGCCACCCUUCAUAAAUAUUUAUUCCAGAACAGUUAAAGGACAGUAGCAAUAAAAUAUACACAAAACAAUUAAAAAAACAAAUAGAUGUGUUUGAUAACAAUCCAUUAGAACAGGAGUGUUAUCAUGUAAAAUGGGAACUGUAGCCCUAAGGACUGCUAAUGACUUUUUAAAGAAACAAAAAUAGCUGCCCUUUCUAUGACAUUUAAAAAUAUGUCACCUUGGUUUAGAUCCUAGCCUCUUUAGUGAACACAACAGAGAAGUCUGUUUAUGAAAUCUGAAUGGUCAACCUCCUUCUGCAGCUGUAAUGGCAUUUGUAGCCGAGUAGAGCCAUGGAGCCUGACAUCCGCGUUGCUGCUGUUUAAGUGGAUGAGGCAGGUAUGGGACUUGGUGGCAGUGAGGUUGGGGCUGCAUGGGCUCACGGACAGGACAGGACAGCAAAUUGACUCAGCCAGCAUGCCUGCACACCUUCUUGCUGCGCUGCCCGGCUCCACUCUGGUCCAGGUAAGCAGCAACAAUAUCAGGCUCCAGAGCUCUGGCCCACUGCUUGCCCCAUGAUUUCUCCAAAAACUCCCUGUGCACCCACCCACCCAUCCCAAAAAAUCUGCUCCUAAGGUUGGAGGAGCCUUGUGAAUGGUUUCCGUGCUGUGAGGGCUGAAGGUGGAUGGGAAGGUUAGCAGUACCGCACAGACACACGCUUUUGCUAAAUAGAAGAGUAAUUGAGAGUCUUAAGCCUCUGGGUUUUAUUUAGAGUAGCACCAAGGUGCUACACUAAAUGGAUUUCCACUUGUGCAAUUCUCCCCAAAUCUGUUAUAGGGGUUCCCCCAACCCUCUGGAGUAGAAUGUAAAAAUGCUAUCACCAUAUUUCUGGGCAAUCCCAAAUAUUGGCCUGGCCUUAUUUCCACUACCCUUUACCUUUUCUUCUCAAAGAAUUAUGAUAGUGUAUUCAAAACAAACAAACAUCCUGCACAAGUACCAAAGUACAAGUUACUAAAGUGGAGGUAUUUGGAAAGAAUACAGCUUAGUGUCUCAACGCUCCUUGCUUUUUAUAGUUUGAGCAAAAUUCAACACUGCACUGCCAGAGCUGUUCGUGCAGAGAUCUUAUAAUUAGAAUUAGCAGAACUAAAGUAACAUUUCCUGGCAAGGAACUGACUUUUUUAUUUUCUUAGAUGCAGACAGAUAGUAGGACUGUGAUUAUUUAGGAAGUCUCAAGUCUCCUUCCAGUGAACACUUCUCUUUUCACUUUGUGGAAACAAGCAUUUUGAUCAUGAAGUAAACACAAACAUGAACAACAUGUGCCAAUUGCUUAACAUGUAAAAAAAUUGCUUAACAUGGGGGGGGGGGGAGAUACACAGCCUUUGUAGCUAUUAUAAAGUCAAAAGGUAGGUCUGGCUGAGAGCGAGAGAAUAACUAGUCCAGGAUAGCCCAGUUUGCUUCAUAGCGGAAUGAGGAUUUAGACCUUUAUUGCUAACACUCUAACCUCUAGACCACAUUAGAACACCUGCUCCUUUCAUUGUUGUGCAGCUGGAGGUAUUUCAGCAAAUGCAGCUUUUUGUGGCAGAGUAUUGGAGGGCUUUGAAAAGCUGGAGGUGCCCAAAUUCCCAUGUCUGCAAAACCAUUAAAGGUUCAGUGUCUCUAAUGCAGAAAGGCCAGCUACCCCUAAAUUGGUGCAUACCUAAACAAUGGCUUCCUAUUUCUUCCGACAGAAUGCUUUAAUAUACAAGUGAGAUUCUGUCCUGGUGAAAGGCAGGUACUAUAUUCUCUUAGACAUAGCCCUUUCUUCUGCACAGUCUAUGCCAAUCCUAGACCUGUGUAGUCAGCCAUGUGGGUCAUCAGAAACAGUCACCAAUUAACGAAUUUCUCAAGCAGAGACCAGAAGAUCUGGUAGGAUGUUUUUAUCCCCAAAGUCAAUAUAAAAUGAGAUUAGGUGUUGAAUUUCCAGUCAGUUAUAACUGGAUUCUAGAUUAGGUCUGAUCUGAUGGGUUUGUUGUUCCUUCAUUUUAUAUUAUCCCACCCAAUAUUAUGGCCUCCUCUGAGAAGGUUCUAAAAAUAAACCACACAGAGAAUGAGAGAAAAUAAUAAUAAUUUCAGGGAUACUAUAUAAUGUUGCCAGCUGAUGUGGAAAAACUAGUGCAGCCGGCUUCUGUAUCUUUAAUAGUAGCCUGAUUUUCUACCACCAGGAAGAGGAGCUUUUAACGAGAGGGAGAUAUGCAUUAAAACCUCCUAAUUUUUGCUGAAGCUGAUGCUGUUAAAGAUGUAGGAGCAAGCGCUGGUAAAAAUGUUGGCAACUCUGCUAUCAUGCAAACUGUAUGUUUAAUAAUGUUUUAGAGAAACAAUCUGUAUAUUUACAUGACAUUUCAGUUACUCUUUACUCAAAACAUGAAUUCUGUCUUGGAAAGAGGCAGGGAAGUAGAGCUGUUGACUUGGUAGUGUUCCCAAGACAUAUUAUGUCCCCCCAUCCCACCCCCAGGUCCAAUUUUAUGAUACAUGAUGGAUUUGAAUUGGCAAUGAUCUCUCUGAUCAGCCCAGGCAGAUUCUUGACCACGGUAGCCUUUUGGUCCACAUUGAAAUUAACUGCCUCAUCUAUUAUUCUCUCUGCAGCUUGUUGUCAAGGUGCACAUGAAUGAUAACAGUACGAAAUCCCUGAUGGUGGAUGAACGGCAAGAGGCACGUGAUGUAUUGGACAAUCUCUUUGAGAAAACCCACUGCGACUGUAAUGUGGACUGGUGCCUUUAUGAAAUAUACCCAGAGCUACAAAUAGGUACGUUGCAAAGAUUUUGGAUCUUCUUACGCUAUAUUUUUUGAGCUUUACUAGAAAGCAUUUUGGUGAUGCCACAUCAGGCAACAUUUUGCCGUUGCCAUCCAGCGCCCAUCUCUUCGUUUUGGUGGGUUCUUGUUUGUGUCUGAUAGAUCUGAGCUCCUAGUUUUGGUGUGUCUUCUCUCUACUAAUGGUGUGUGUCACAUACUAGGGGCAGUGCCUCCCUUUGCCCCCUCCCUUUACUCCCUGCCAAGGCCAUCCCACUUCCCCACUUUCCUUACACUUCACCUGGGCCACCCGUCUGCCUGCUCGCCCAUCUGGGUCUGCCCACCUCAAUCUCUGGUUGCCUGCUUAUCACCCUCCAAUGCUGGUGUCAUGCCCAAGCAGUUCUAAGAGCCCAGUUUGUCAUAACGCUGUAGUUCACAGCACCACCUACCCGUAGGUAGCAAACUGCUGCAUCACGACAGCCUUACAUGUUUAUUAUAUGUAAGGAUAUAUAAAUAUAUACAUGCAGGGGAGUGUUAAAAGAAAAAGUCUGAAACAUCAAAGUACCUAGUGAAAUCUAGGGAAUUCCUUUGCAAAUUUUUACAAACUGGAAAAAAAGAAAAUCUGGGAAGUUUUUCUGUUUUGGCAAAGAUGCUUUCAUAUGGUCUAGUCUAUCAUGGCUCUUGGGGUCUGAAUAUUAUGGAUAGGCAAUGCUUUGAACCAUUUUUAAAAAGUAAAGGUAAAGGACCCCUGAAAGUUAAGUCCAGUCGCAGACGACUCUGGGGUUGCGGCGCUUUCUCGCUUUACAGGCCGAGGGAGCCAGCGUUUGUCCGCAGACAGUUUUUCCAGGUCAUGUGGCCAGGAUGACUAAGCCGCUUCUGGCGCAACAGAACACCGAAACCAGAGGAGGGCAUGGAAACCCUGUUUACCUUCCCGCCAGAGCAGUACCUAUUUAUCUACUUGGACUUGGUGUGCUUUUGAACUGCUAGGUUGGCAGGAGCAGGGACCGAGCAACAGGAGCUCACCCCGUCACAGGGAUUUGAACGGCUGACCUUCUGAUCGGCAAGCCCAAGAGGCUCAGUGGUUUAGACCACAGCACCACCCACAUCCCUUUGAACCAUUUUACUACAUUUAAAUAUAGGAAUGUGCACUGAUGACGGAGCAUGUGUGUAAUAUAUUUGUCUGUCUUAACAUUUCUGGUUUGGGUUUCCCUAGAAAGAUUUUUUGAAGACCAUGAAAAUGUGAUUGAAGUCUUAUCACAUUGGACCCGUGACACUGAGAAUAAGAUUCUGUUUUUGGAAAGAAAGGAAAAAUACGCUGUUUUUAAAAACCCACAGGUAAAGUAACAUAACUUAGGCAAGCUGGUGUAUAGUAAGAUUUUAGUUCAUACAGUAAUGACUAGAUAUUUUAUUUGCUCUGCAGCCCAAGUAACAAAGAUUGAAGGUGCGUCCAGUCUUGGUAUAUCAAAGGGAUCUUGAGUUGUGCUUCUUAUGUAUCAGAGCACAAUAUUGGUUACUAAACACUAAAUAGUCAUUCUUGGGAAUAGUCACUGAAGGUCAAAACUGAAGUAACAUCAAAGUGCAUUUUAGCAUCCAACAAGGAAAGGGAGAUUUCGGUGGAUUUCUUGAUUUAUCCAUUUGGUGAGCCCCACUUCACUCAUUCAUCUUGCCAUGGGCUCUGGGAAUCACUCUGUUCAUUGGAUAAUUAGUUUUAUUUUCCCAGGGAAAUCAUGUUAAAAGGCUUUGCUCCAUUUUAGUCCAGUGACUCAUUAAAAUGGAUGGUCACAAGCUUGUGUCGGAAGCUGCAACAUCGUUAGCUGCAACUUCACAUCCUCAAAAUAUCUUUAUAACGUGAAAUUUAACUCACUUUGUAAAGUGACUGCUAUGACAAAUGGACUGCUCUUUGGGAAGAUCAGAGUGUUUCCCAGACCUGGCUUAGCAGUAUUGCAGAAUAAACUUAUCUCACACCAGCUGCUGCUGCUGCUGUAAUUAUUUCUAUCAGUGCAUCCCAGUUAAUGCAUCUUCACUUUAGAACUGGGGUGACCAUGGGGUUUUGUGUGAGGAUGCAAACUCAAAUUCCUGGAAAGCAUAAGAAAACCAAACCAUCCAACCAACAUUUUGGGAGGAUUCAUAGUGACCUUGGAAGCCCAUACUGCUUAUGAUAACAUAAUCUUAAUUGUGUGUGUUUGAUAAAGUUUCAUUUGGUGUUCAGCCUGCAUGCAGGGCAAUGGACCAAGGAAUCCACCCCUCUUUCAGUUAAUUAGCUGGAUGUUGUGUGGUUAAUAAGGAAGAGCCAGGUGCAGUCACUCAACAAUGAAAAUACAGAUAAUUACUACACAGCUGCCUCAAUCACUAUGCCCCAACCUUCCUGUGUACUGGUGGGUGAAGGAUGACCUGGAAUAAGUAAAUGGGCUAGUUUAUUUAUGCUUGCCAUGACACAUAAAGGAAAAUAACAGCAGAAGGACAUCAAAUUCCGCUUUUUUAGAAAAAAAAUUCAUUGCCUGCUUUUCAUUCUAAAAUAAUCCCAAACCUGGGUACAAUGCCAAUAAAAAUGAAAAGAAAUUAUAUAAAGUUGUAUUCAAUUAACUUUUACUCAGAGUGAGCCCAUUGAAUGGCUGUGACCAACUUAGGCCCAUUAAUUUCAGUGGGUUUAUCUAUUCUGAGCAAAGGUUGGUUGACUACAACCGAUAAUUAACCAAUAAUCAGUAAUACGAUAAAGCAUCGGUUUACAAAUGUAUUGUUUUAUUAAUUUAUAAAUUUUGUUGCUGCUUUUUACAAUAACAUUUUGAAGUGGGGGUUGUUGUUGUUGUUUAGUCGUGUCCAACUCUUCGUGACCCCGUGGACCAGAGCACGCCAGGCACACCUGUCUUCCACUGCCUCCCGCAGUUUAGUCAAAUGAAGUGGGGUACAAUACUGAUAAAAUGCAACAAAAUAUUCCCAUCAGUAAAACACGCAAGAGCACAUGCACAGUUAAAUAGCAUUUUACAAAGUGCCGUGGCAAAGAUUCAACCAAAAUCCUGGGUGAAUAAGUAGAUUUUCCGGUGGUGCCAAAACGUUACAUCUUGGCAUAAACUCUAUCUGAGGGCCACUAGCAAUUCUCUAGUUAAAGUAAAAGAACACCAUGCACAAUGCUUGUUUUGAGAAUCACGUUUUCAAAUAACGAAAAACAGUUGUCCAUGGGAAUCACAGAAACGGAGAUCCUUUUGCUCCCAACCAACAACUACCAAUUGUUAAAUGGGAAAGCUGGUAGAAAAGAGAAAGUAAACAUUAGUUUUUAAGCUAUACUUCUAAUACUUAGGUUUGUGUUACAAUCCCAGGAGAAUCAACAAAAUUGUUAAGCGACCUUCCUUUUCACACAGAUUUAUUUAUUUAACAUAUUUAUACCCUCUCCAUUAGUAUAUCUCAUAACAAGGUGGCUUACAAGAAUCUAUAGUCUCUCCUUUGCAUGCAUGCGUGUAUAUCCAGUAUAAUGCUCACCAGCAUUUUUACGUUGUAUACCGGUAAUUUGCAACAGAACUAAGCAGCAUAUAGUGCCUGCUUUGUCAGAGACUAUUUCUCCUCAUAGUAUUUUCAGAAAGGAACCACAGACUUCUUUCAGACACGUGUGGUCUUCUUCAGUGGUGCUGUAGUCUAUAGGAGAUCACGUGACGAUAUAUCCACCUGUAUAACAUGCAGCCUCGUCCUUUGACCCAGCCUGCUUAUUGAAGGAUGGUGAAUGGCGAGCAUUUUCCCUUUUUAGCAAUGGAAGUGUAUCAAGUAAGCAACAAUGCAUAGCAAUGCUGAAAAAUGAGACACAAGGAAAAAAACCACAUCUGUCUUAAUAUGGGUUUGACAAGCAAGGUCAUAUGCUGUUGUCAAAAACUCCUGUCCAUUAUCCUUCUUGUUUACCAGUACCAAAAUGUGGUCUAUAGCAACUGAGUUAAAGAUACAGGGUGGUCUGUUUCCCCUUUAAAUAAAUACCAGAUGCUCAAAUAUAAAUUGCUUGUAGCCAGAGGAAGUUCUUAAAAAAAGAAAAAAAGGUUGUGGGCAGCUGUUUUGAGUUUGUUCCAUGGUGACAAUAGCAAGAUGAGAAUUGGGUUUGUUCGUGCAUAUUCAAACAUAAACAAAUGCAAACAGCUUUGGUCGUCUUUUAAGGGGACAUUAGGUGCAAUGCAUGUGUUUUCUGUGCAAGCCUCGCUGAAAUUUUGGUUUCCUGUGCAAGUCUCAGUGUCCAAGAAGAGCAUGAUUGUUCUGUGUAUAUGGUACUUUCCUGGAAGUUAAGUCGCAUUAAAAUUUCAAGGACUUUCCCAAGUAAAUGUGAUUAGGGUUGGGCUUUGGCAGCAUAGUUGUAUGGGAUUUACUCCUGGGAAAGUUGGUAUAGGAUUGAAGUGUAAAUGCCUUUUGUAUGUAUCAUGAAUAUACUGUUUAUGUACAGAAAUACCUUCCCCUCUCUUUCCAUUGGGGAGACUCAUAUUCAAAAUGGUCAUGUGAAGUCACAUAAAUUUGUUUCUAUGUUUAUUUCAGACUUCUCACCUCUUGCUCUUCUUUGCCAAACUCCACACCAGCCUUCACUGAUCAUAGUCUGUAUAAUGAAAGUAGUGAUCAUAGGAAGCAAAUAGUCCACUCUAAAGUCCACUCUAAUGAAUGAGGAGACACAUACUGAAAAUUAUUUUGCAUAGAAAACGUGCGAUAGCAUCCAGGUGUUGUUUUUUUUACACCUUCCUGAGAGCUCUGAUUGGCUAUCUGACUUGUCCAAGGCCCUCCCUUUUUCCUCAUAGUGGUCACCAGCUGCUCCUCCAGCUCCUUCCUACUAUCACCUGCUUGCUUGCUAGGCAAAUGAACAGGCACACAGCAGUACCUACUGCUCCUGAGAGCUCUGAUUGGCUAUCUGACUGGAAACUUUAUAUGGACUAUGGCAGCUACUGGGACUUUGACGUGAAAUGCAAUUGGGUAGACACAGAUAUAGCACCUGCUAUUUACAUCUGUUGUUUUAGGUCUAGUGACCUUCCCAGUUUAUGGACAGUGCCUUAUCAUCCUCACCCUUCUUUGCAUUUUUAAUUAGAAUUUCUACUUGACCAAUAAAGGGAAAAAUGAAAGCAAGGAAAUGAAUGAAAAAAGCAAAGAGGCUUUACUGGAGGUAAGCAAAAUUUUGGGAUAAGCAACACUGCAUUUGGCUAUGAAAUGGAUGGCUGUCUUCCUAAGACCCCAAACACAAUAGACGUGUUUCAAGUUCUUCAUUUUUGCAAAAACAGGAAGCUCUAGCACAAUAGGAUUAAAUGCACAGUUCUCACAGUGGAGGGGUCUGAGAUGCGAGGUCCCCAAAGAAUCAAUAUUGACUUUGUAACUCUAAAUCACAAAUGAUUUAGAGUUAAAGGGAAGCAGUGAGGUAAGCCAAGUUUGCUGAUGACACCAGAUUGUUUAAGGUGGUAAGAACAACAACAAAACAACAACAACAACAACGGAUUAGGAAAUCCUUUCUAAAACUUGGGCCCCCAAAUGUUGUUGGACUACAACUCCCAUCAUCCCUGACCACUGGUCCUGGUAGUUAGGGAUGAUGGGAGUUUGAGAAAGGCUGCCUUAGGAGAUAUCAUUUUUGUAUAGUUAACCUGCUAACCUGUGGCCAGUGUGUUGCUCUUGCUAACACGACUGCUUGUGGGCAGGCAGUAGCUUAGUGGCAGAACACUUGCUUUGCCUACAGAAACAUCUGAAGUUCAGUCCCUGGAAAAGCUCUGAAAGAUCCCCAUCUGUUGUGCUGUUCCCCUAUGUGUAGUGCUUUUUUGAGUGCGCAAAUCAUUGGUGUACAUAAUCUCAAUAGCCUUUACGACCUACAAAGGGCCAUAGCUCGGUGAUAGGGCACAUGUUUUGCAUGUAUAACUAGGUUCAGCCGCUGGCAUCUUUAGGUAGGGCUACAAAGGACUCCAGUCUGGAAGCCCCAGAAAGUGGUUGCCAGCCUGUGCAGGCAGAACUGAGCUAGCUGGCUCUGACGUUUCCUGCGUUCCGCUUCUGUUUUGUCUAACCCCAUUUUCACUCCACAGGAAAGCUUCUGUGGCACAUCUGUCAUUGUACCAGAAGUUGAAGGGGCCCUUUAUUUAAAAGAAGACGGGAAGAAGUCCUGGAAGAGACGUUAUUUUCUCCUGCGAGCUUCUGGAAUUUAUUACGUACCCAAAGGAAAGACCAAGGUCAGGCAAGUCAAAGAAAUCCUUUCAGGCAAUAAAGCAAUUCAUGAAGGUGAAAGUAAAGAAAUCCCGAGGUGACAUUCUAAGGGCAGCAUCUGGCGCACCUGAGAGGGUCCUUCUUUGGGCUGCAGCACUUGUGCAAAUAUUAGAAUAGAGUUGCUGAGCUCCUUUGGGGCUACCCCCACCCCCACUCCCCCCAGGUUUGUUUUUCCAGUUAGAUUAAAAAAACAUUUCGUUUCUUCAAAACCCAGACAUGAAAGGAAACCAAAAAGGCCAAAUCUGUAGUUGCCCAUUCAAAGUAAAAAGGUGCCAUUACUUUUCGUCUAGUUCCCUAUGGAAACGUAUCUCAACAGUUUGCAAACAUUCAGGGUUUUCUUUUGGCACAAGGCAAGCAGAAGAGUCUUGCCAUUGUUCAAGGUAGGCUAAAGAGAAAGUUAGAGAAAGUAUCAAAUUUGGCUUUGAUAGUCUCUUUCUUUCUUUCUUUCUUUCUUUCUUUCUUUCUUUCUUUCUUUCCUUCCUUCUUUCCUUCCUUCCUUCCUUCCGUCCUUUAGCAUAUCUGCCAUGCAUUUUUUUCUACCAAAUAUUGUUCUUUGUCUGGAUAAUAAAGGGUUCAGUCCAGUCGUGACCGUCUCUGGGGUUGCGGCGCUCAUCUCGCUUUAUUGGCCAAGGGAGCCGGCGUACAGCUUCCGGGUCAUAUGGCCAGCAUGACUAAGCCACUUCUGGCGAACCAGAGCAGCGCACAGAAACGCCGUUUACCUUCCCGCCGGAGUGGUACCUAUUUAUCUACUUGCACUUUGACGUUCUUUCGAACUGCUAGGUGGGCAGGAGCUGGGACCGAGCAAUGGGAGCUCACCCCAUCGUGGGGAUUCAAACCGCCAACCUUCUGAUCGGCAAGUCCUAGGCUCUGUGGUUUAACCCACAGCGCCACCCGCAUCCCUAGGAUGUAGCUUUUGAGGGGAGACAAUGAAUCCCUUUUCUCUCUCCUUUGGUUUUGGUGUCCCCCCCCCCCCCAGAGGCAAAGGGAUUCUCUGAAUCUAUGGUUUUGGUAUAUUACUAACAAGCUUGAGCUUCCUACGGUUGCCACCCAUGUGCCCCCUCCCGCAAAUGCAUAAGGGAUAGUAAAGGAGACUAUAGCUGCAGGGAGGGUGGAAAUUGGCUUAAAUUGGUGAGGGGGUGGGGGGAGGUCCUCACUUGAGCAGAACGCCUGUGGUGGAUCCACUGCUGCGUGGAUCCAAGUCUGAGGGUGCAAUCCAGUAUUCUACUAUGGCAUUUCCGUUCUUUUCACACACAUUUUGUUGAAGUGAAUGGGCACAGCCUGGCAGUAUCACGUCAGAAAAUUCACCUUGAAUUGCCAUCCAGAAAUACAUAAGGAAAGUGAACAGCAAUUCACUGCUGGAGGGACAUAUCUCUGUUCUGCAGUAACAUGUGUGCAUAUAUUCUUCACUUAAAACAUCACAAAGCAUGUUACAGUCUGGGAAGAUGCGAAUUCACUAUUUGCACCUUUUACAGGGCUCCACUUAAUUCGGUUAUGGAAGGGGUCAUGAACAGUGCAUGAUGGCAGUGAAAUCCCACCCACUGACAACUUGCCCUGCCCUUCCUAGCUUUGUGUCCUUAAGGUCUGCAAGCAUGCUUUUCUCUCAGGUCCUAAUGACCGGUUACCUGCAGCUAUGCAUAACUGAACUCCUAACACACCUUUCCUCCAUCCUCAGUCCAGGAAAAGCUGAUUUGGGAGGAAGCCGUUUGGAAUGGAUGAUGGGGGGUUAACAGUAUUAAAACACAAACAGAAGGCACAGGUGUGGUUGUGAUAGUUAUCAGGAUAGCAUCAGGUGUGGAGGGUGAGUUUAACCCUUGCUUCCUUGCUGCGGAGCUGAGAAAAUUGCAAAGAACUUCGGAGGAGGGACUCUUGCUGCAGUCGCCAUGGCUAUUCAGACCCGCCCCCCCAGCAGAGCUUCCAUUUGCAGUCUUUAUAAAUGUGCAUGCUAAAUGCAAAUACCUAUUUAACGCUGCAUCUAGUUUGUCAUCAGUUGGCUUAAAGCGUAGCCAAAGUUAGGAAGAAUUCUGAGACUGUGUUCCAUUUCCAUUAAAGAAGCAUCACAUGAAUGCCUGUGUUAUGUCGUUUACUCACAGUUCCUUAGCUCGGAAAUUGGGUGCGCUACUGCACUAGUAAGACAAACUUCGUUGCCAUAGCAACCCAUUAAGAACAAGCAAGGGCUAUUUCACAGCACUAGACAAAAGGCAACUAGAGGCGAGAGGGAGAUUUGCCCUUUUGAUGCAGCCUGGAGCAGAAUCACAGAUCAACUUUGCACUUGUAUACAAAUAAACCUUGAACGUGACUGGAGAAAAAUUCAUUAUUUUAUAAAGAUGCUUGAACCCAUGCUGGCAUUUUCCAGUGAACAUGAAUUAUAUAUGUGGUUUUCUUGCACAUGUGGGCAUUGUAUUUUACCCCUCAAAGUGAUGAUCCACCCAGUGUUUUAGGAUUGGGGAGGCCACAGGGGCGGUUACCCUUGGUGCAAAAUUAUUAGGGGCGCAAAAUUUCAACCCCCGGUGUUGCCUCAAUACAGAUUGCGCCUUUAAGUAUUUGAGCAGAAGAAUGUGCUUUGAAUGUGUUUUAAAGGUGUUGUGUUUACACAGCCAUAAUAGAAACAUCUAAGGCUGCAUUGGUUCCAGGGGAUCACAGUAACUUGCGUACACUUCUAAAAAGGAAACUAAAGUCAGAUUGUGUUAGAAUAUGUGGAUAAGAAAUCUAUUUAGGAAAGUUCAUGGUACCGAAUUAGGAAAUAAAAAGGCUACACAGAAAAUCAGUACACAAACCAGCUUCUGAUGUAAAUCUUAGUGCAGCUACUCAUUUUUAACUUGAAAACUCAGGAAAAGCCUCAAGUCUGAUAUUCUCUCUGUUGUUGUUAUGCUUAAAAGUCUUUGCAUUAAGAAACAGGAUCAGACUAACCUGACGACCGUGUUUAGUGUCAUAAUGUAAUUUCAUAUAAUUUUUACCUUUUACCUUUACUUAUAAUAAUUUAUGGUGUGUUUGGCUUUAAUUUUGUAGACAUCUCGGGAUUUGGCUUGCUUCAUACAGUUUGAGAACGUAAAUGUUUAUUACGGUGUUCAGUACAAAGCAAAGUAUAAGGCACCUACAGACCACUGUUUUGUCUUAAAGGUAGGUACAAAAGAUCAUGCAUUCUGGAGUGGCUGUUGUAAGCAUGUGUCACAUUUUUAGUGCAAUCCUGUUGUUCUGUAAAACUCUACUAGUUAGAGCCUAGAAAUGGAAGCGAGAUUUCUAGAGUUUCUGGAUAUAAACAAUCUUUAGAGGGCAAAGGUAAGAGAGGGAAAUAGCAGGGUUUCAACCUCAUAUAACUCUAGCCUGUUUGAAUCUAAUCAAUGAAGGCCUUAAACCAUAGAGUAAGCUGUCCUGUCAGGACUAAGCCUAAGCCUAUGCCACUUCCUACCUUGAGAGGAAAAGAUCACCAAGCCUUUAUAAUAUUCCUCUUUUCCAUGUGACUCAAUAUGUAAGGAGCUCUGCAUGGCUUUAACCAGCCUCUUUUGUUUCCGACCAGAUCGGAGUCUGAAACUAGUGGUUUUUUUCUUUACCAAUAGUUUAGAAACUUUUACCUUUUGUAAUUAAAUAAUAUUUUGGCUGCCUUUGCAUCUUUUCUGACUGCUGCAUGGGAAAGCACAUGAAUCUGACCUUUGAAGAUUUUUGUAGGUAAACCAUUUUAUGACUUACCAAAGGUGUGGUCUAUCUCUGUGCUGUGGGGUAUGGAUUAGCUUGGAAAAAGCUUUUAAAAGGGGACAUUUGGGGAUUCAACAAAAGAGCACAUUUUUAAGUUUUUACAACUUAUAUUUCCAUGCUUUUCUUUGCUUCAUGUUUUGUGAUUUUAAAUCUCUGCUGGAGUUUUCUAAUCCAACAGUACUUGCCCCAGACUUGGGUCUUGGUUUCCAGGAUUGCAACACAAAUUAGGUAUGACAGUGUGAAAUGGAGUUUUAGAUGAAUGUUGAUUGGAAAAAUGGCAUGGUGGGAAUGCAAAGUCCCUCCCCAAGCUCCAUGAUCCUGAUUUGAAUUAUUGAAGUAUAAAAGUUUCCCUCAUGAUACACUUCACAUUACACACCAAGUUUCUUCAGUUUCCCAGGCUCCCAGCUGCUAUUUAUACCUUUUUAAAAUGCAGAGGAUCUUUUGAACUGAAUAUCCUGCAUCAUGUCUAGUCUGGCUGUAAAGCCUGGCAGACUCCAGAACUGUUGAAAUAUUUGAAUGAUAAAUCCCAAUUUGCACUGAUUUUAAAUGAACAGUUAUGCAUAGUAGACACAGAGCUUUGAGGAUUGGCUAUGUACAGGCCUUGGCCUGGUUGCAAUGAACUAAGACCUAUUUAUUUUAAUGGAACUUCCAAGUACGUUUGUAGUCUGUCUUUUUUGCCAACAAACAACUAGGUGUUUGCAUCCCCAUGUUUCACCGAAAAGCCUGCUAAAACUUAGGGUAAGGUAGCGCCUUGUCAGGAGCAUUUGCUUUUGAGUUCAAGUUAUGAGCACUAUGGCAUUACUUUUGGAAAUUCAAAGAGUCACUAGCAUAAAAUAUUAACCCCAAGGUUUUUUUUUAAAUAAAAAAUAUAUUCACAGUUGACAGUAGCAAGGUAAUCUAAAUGUAAAUUGGCUCGUUUAGUCAGUCUGUUGUGUCUGAUACCAGGAGAAUUUAAUUAUGCUUUAUUGGCGCAGGUUUUGCAUGAGUAACCUGAGAGUAAUGGUGCAUAAUGUGGAAUUAAUCUAGGGUGAAAGAAUUGGUGCCCUGGGAACAAGCUGGCACAAUAGCAUCAUCAUACCCUAUUUCCACGCCUUAGUACCUGCCAUUGCAGCCUAUCCAGCUGGGCUUUGGUAAUAACCUUUAGAGACAUCUUUCAGAUGGUGCUUGGAGAAUUGUGUUGCCAUGUUCUUUAAUGUUGGCCUUCUAGGGCUAGUCCAAAACUCAAAAACUGCAUAAAGCUGAAAUCCGGAGUUUGUCUUGUUGCAUCCCAGCCUGCUUCCCCUUGCAAACUGGUUGAUGUGAUGCAAAGAAACAAACUGAGGUAUUUGACUGGUGAUAAUAUAAUCACACAUUCAAACGAUGAGAGCUGUUCCAACCUUCAAUAAGAACUGUUCCAAGUUAAUGGGAGGUCAUGCCCACCAUGUGCUUAUGACCAGGAUAGUAGUUUGUAUUUAUUAUUUGUUUCACAAAAAGCAUACACAACUUGAUUGUGAAAAACACCACCACCACCUCAAAGCAAUUUACAAAAGAUAAAACAGUAAAAUCAAUGGGGGCCCCCCCCACAACCAGACUUUAAACAUGCAAAAGCUAAAAUAACGAAACAGAUUAAAAUUACCCCAACAUUCUAAGCAUCUGGGCAAGUUUGUCUAAGUAAGAAUGCUUCUGUCAGGCACCAAAGAGUUUGUAGGCUUCUGCUUUGAAAUGUAAAAGUUUAAAGGCUAUAAUGGAAAUAGCUACUUCUCCUAAAGCGCUCCCUUCCAUACAAUAAUCCAGUUAGUACAUAUGGCUAAGAGUGAAUACACUUGAGACACAUAUGCAGUUUCUCAAAGAGGAGAUCCCAGCCACAUCUUGGUGGUACUGCUGCAGAGCUUCUGAGAGAGAUGAUGUGGUUUAGCUGAGCAUGUCACCUGAACUUGGGUCUCAUGGUUUGUCUUGCUUCAAACAAACCAUGAUCUAUAACCAAGGUUUUGUUUUGGGGCAGGCUUCCUCAACCUCGGCCCUCCAGAUGUUUUUGGCCUACAACUCCCAUGAUCCCUAGCUAGCAGGACCAGUGGUCAGGGAUGAUGGGAAUUGUAGUCUCAAAACAUCUGGAAGGCCGAGGUUGAGGAAGCCUGUUCUUAGGUUUACUGCUCGUGGUUUGUCUGAAGGAGGCAAACCGCAAGCCCAGGUUUGGAGGACACGCUAAGCCAAACUAUGGCUUAGGUCAAAGCAACUGGAGAAUGUAAGGGGGCAGGAAUUCUCACACACUCAAGCUUUCACACUAAGCCAUGUAGCCACUGAGUUGCAGACCUUAAGACAGGGGAGCCCUGCCUCAUGUUGUAAUUGGCAACUAAUAAGAAUGCUUCAGAGAGAAGACAAGAGAAAGGAACUGGAGGGUAUAACUAAAUAUUACACGUCAGCAAGGGUGUCAAAAACCCUGCCAGCCUUUUUAUUUCUUUAAAAAGAAAAGCUGCUUCAUGAGGGGAGUUUCAAGUGAAGAUAUUUGAAUUUAAAAACACUUCAGAAAAUCUGCAAUGCUUUCCUUAUGGAGCCUCUUAAAAAUAAUGAAGUAUAUUAUCUGGAAUAUUAAGGAAGACUGGCAAAGGUUAGGGUCACGGUAAUGUUUGUUUUGUUUAAAAGAGAUCUUUAAAAAUUGAAAAGUAUCUGAUGCCAUCUGCUGGAUUUAAUGGAUACUUACAACGCAUCAAAAUUCCUAGUUCUCUGGCCCAACAGAAGACGGAAGAAUCAUUUCUAGAAUGGAAGUAGUCAUCAGCACUGAGCUGAACAUUCUACUUAGCAUGCGAACAUUUUAGUUGCCCUACAUUUUUCAUGGUGCAGAAGAUACAUUUUGAAAAAACAAUUGUUGCAACAGUGUCCUGAUAAAAUUACAGACUUUUGUCAUGCUAUGUAAUAAAGUUUCACUUGAUUAUUCUAAAAGAUCACACCACAUUUUCACCUGAGUAUUGGGUGGAUUCCUCCCACAGUCUGAACAAUUUAUGUAUUCAGUAAACAUUUGCCAUAUGCUAUAAAAGGAGUAGGUGUCAUGGGCCAAAUUGGGUCAAGGUUUUGUGUGUUCACCUUUGCUGCCAUGUACUAGUGAUUAGGUGGAACAGGUUUGUCAUGAAACUCACCCCAGGAUAUUUUUUGUUAAAGGGUGGCACAUAAAUUAGCUAAACAGUAAAUGAAUGAAAUACGGAACUCAGAACACAUUGGACUUCAUGAUCAGAUGUCUUUUUAUAGUCUACAUUUUAUGCAGCUUUUCCAUUAAGCAUUUUCCAUUAAGCACUAAGCAGAUUUUCCAUUAAGCACUAACAAGGUUAUACCGUAUUUUUCGCCCCAUAGGACGCACCAAGUUUUUUGGGGGGGAAAUAGAGGGGGAAAAAUUAUUUCCCCCCCAGGCGCUUGCAGGGCCGGCAGCGGGGAGAAGCGCUCUUCUCCCCGCCGCCCGCCUUCAGACCAGGUCUGGGGACAGCGGGAAGAUGCGCUGCGCCUCCCCGCUGUCCCCGGAGCUUGCGGGGCUGGCGGCGGGGAGAAGCACGCGUCUCCCUGCCGUCAGCCUCCAAACCACAUCGGGAGACAGAGGGAUGGUGGCGUUCCGCCUCCCCGCUGUCCCCCGACCUUGUAGGGCUGGUGCUGGGGCUUUCGCUGAAGCCUGGAGAGCGAGUGUGCACCGACCCCUCUCACUCUCCAGGCUUCAGCGAAAGCCUGCAUUCGCCCCAUAGGAUGCACACACAUUUCCCCUUCAUUUUUGGAGGGGAAAAGUGCGUCCUAUAGGGCGAAAAAUACAGUACUUUGAAGUUAAUGCAUGACAACCUCAAAAAUUAACACACAUAGUAAGGAGGCGGUGAGGGGCAGGGAUGGAUUUGUUGUUGUUUUUUAACGUAUGCAGAAAAAAUACUGGGACCAGGGAAAAUAUGUAUGCAAACUGACACCAGAUCCUAAACAGAGACGCAGAAAUCCUAAAUUAGGGGAUGUGGAGCAGAGACUACUUCAUAUGCUUCUCAAAAAUUUGCUUGCUUCUUGGAAACUGCAGAUAUGUUUAUCUUCUAGCUUAUACAACUGCCAGAUGACAACCCUCAAUGGAGACCUCAAUUUACACACUGAAUGCUAAGCUUAGAACUGUGACAUGCCUCACAUUUACUUGGCUGGAAGUCAUGUUGAAAGUAGGCCGUUUCAAGCUAAGCUUCCACCCAACAAAUAUCUCCUUACAAAUGUGUUUAUAAUAAGCAGCAUUUUGUUAUUAAGCAUUUUGUGACUUGUUCACAGGUGUAUGUCUAAUUUGUUUCCCGCUAAUAUAAGACCACCCUUUCCACUUAUUUUAAUUUCAAUCUAUUUUAAUGAUAAAUUUUUUUAUUAUUAAUAGCAUCCCCAGAUACAGAAGGAGUCUCAGUAUAUCAGAUAUUUGUGCUGUGAUGACCGGCAGUCUCUACAUCAGUGGGUAACUGGCAUAAGAAUUGCAAAGGUAUGUAGUGCAAGAUGUGCAGUCGUUUUUUUUAAAACACACACACACAAAAUAGUUGUAUAAUUUGUUGAUUUUCACAACGGACAAAAAUGACUCUUGUUCCUUUCCAAGUAAAAUAUGGGCACACAAUGGAUAGACAUUUGUGUAAAUGUGAGAUAAUACAGAUGCAAAUGUAAUUAGGUUGUGGGAGCCUAGAGAAGUCUCAUCAGCCAUCUGAAAAAAUUAUGAAUAAGCUGUUCUAGUUGCAAUAAUGAAAACAAGACAAAGAUUGUAAUGAGCUUACACAUAGUUUAUACCUGUGGAUCAGGAUUCCUAUCUGGUGAAGGUUGCUCUUCCCAUUUGCAGCAUGCAUCAGCUCAUGCAUGGACUGCACUGCCAAUGGGUGAAUUCAGGUAAUAGUUUGCCAGCUGGUAACUCACCAUGAUGUGCAACCACCCAGCAAGCCAGUCUUCUGUAUGAUCAUGCCAGGUGUUACCACCCCCGUUUCACCACAUUUCUGGUAAGGUGCAGAAGUGUAAUAGCAAGACAUUUCGUGUGGUGGGGUAAGUCCUGGUUGGCCUAAUGCACCAGCCUCCUCCGAUCAGUGUUGCAAACCACCCUGAAUGAAGCAUCAGAAGAGUGUGGUUGGAAUUCUUACAUAAGCAGAUAAAAUAGGAUGGGCUAGGUCCACAAGUGAGUUCAUCCGGCGUGUGAAUUUAAGCCAUUGUAAACCUAGGGAUUCAAGGUUUAAAUUGCCUCUUGCCAAAUACAGUACUUAAUAGAAUGGGCUGUAGGUGAUCUCUGAACCCAACAAAUGGAAAUGACUUUACAAAUGUAUUGGAUUCUAGACACCCAUCUGCUCUGAUGUGUUUAAACAAAUCCUUGCGCCUGUAGUUUCAUAGUACUGACAUUUAUACUAGAUGCUGUAGGCAGACCUAGUACCAGUCACUGGAGAGUAUCUCUGUGGAGGGUUGGUUGUAUUAGUCAAAACAUCAGGAAGCAGGAAAGUGUGCUUUUAUUCCUUUGAAGGGGGUAUUGGUGGUAAUUGUCUGUAUAUAGGAUAAAGCAUGUGCUUAUUUUCUCAGUAUGGAAAGACGUUGUAUGAUAACCACACCCGCGCAGUGCAGAAGGCUGGCUUAGCUUCUCGACUGACCAAGCUAGGGAAUGUUCAAUCCUCCACUGCCGCAAUAUCAUCUUCAAAAGGUAUAUGAUAUAUGGUAAAUGUUAAAUUGUGUGUGCGCGUACAUAAGUUAUGGAAGAGCAUCCUGCAUGUUGGGUUUUCUGCAGAUUGGCGUUGAUUCAGCGGUAAGCAGUGCGUUUUCCUGGGGAAAAGGGUGGGACAAGAGAAAAACUUCUUGGGCUCAUGCCUUGAAAUCACUGGAGAAGCGAAAAAGUAGAUGAGCCUUUAGUGUAGACAAUUCUGAGCUAGAUGGAGCAGUAGGUCUGACUCGGUAUAAGGCAGCUUCCCAUGUUCUUAACAUUUGGACACAGGUGUACUAUAGUUCCCAAAAUGUACCAAAGUUCUUCUGGAUUGUACUUUAGUUAUACCUUAACUUGGCCUCUUCAACUUUGGGUCUUCACAAGUUGUUGCACUAAAACUCCCAGGAUCCCUGACAAUUGGCUAAGCUGGCUGGGGAUGAUAAAUGUUAAAGAGUUCAACAACAGCUGGGCUCCCAAGGUUGAAGAAUUCUCAUUAAAACAUAUUCUUGUUUUGCCAGUUCAACGUUUUCUAAAAAGGGAAACUAGAAGUUCAAGAACUAUUUGGGGGGCGGGAAAGAGAGAGAGAAGCUGCUGCAUAUCCUAAACUGGAGAGUAAGAUAUGACACUCCUGGCCAACUGAAAAAGUUCACAUAAUCAUCUGCAGAAAAGUACAGUUCAAGCCACAGAGAUUUCUUCUUGGCUUUGUUCCCUUACUUAGUCAGGAGUAGGGCAUGUCUGCAGCUCCUUAGAGAAGCAUCAACAACAUCAUGCAAAACUAUUCACAGGGUACUUUAGUAUCCUGUGGAGCUUAGUGUAUUAUUUCAAUCGUGAUUCAAAAUAAGAAUGAUUUUUGCCUUUAAUCACUCGAAUUUGGUUUUGCAAGCCUGUUCUUUCUUUCUUUUUAACUGUGUAUCCUAGGUAGUACUCAUGCCAAUGGACAAGUCCCCCAAAGCACGACCCUCACUGCUGCAAAUUCUUCAGAACCUGAGAAACCUGCUGAGAUGCCAAAGGUACAAAUUUAAUUGAAUGUAUCAUCAUAAAUUCAGCAUUAACAUAAAUACAUCUGUAGGCAGGAAGCCUAGAGGUCCAUGCAUUCUUGCAGCUUGACUAGAAGUCUACACACAUUGGCUGCAGCCACCCACAGCCCUUGUAACACACAAAAGGUACUGUACUACUUUUGUCAAUCUUUAAAUCAAAUAAAUAAAUAAAUAAAAUAGCAUGUAGGAAAUAAAAAGCAAUAGGAAUACUAUUAAAAAUCAAUAUGAAUAUUUAGUGCUAUGGAAAUGUCAUUUCCCAUCUUCAACCACAUCUACUUUAGACCACCUAAAUGAAGCUCAUGGAGGACUGGUGGUCCACAGAGCCCAGUUUAGGAACCCUUGCUCUCCAUUUGGCUUGUAGCACUUGUGCCAAAGUACCUGUAAAUGAAUUAGGAACUGGUGAUGCAUAAAAUAUAAACUUUGGGGCACCUUUGGUGGCGCUGUGGUCUAAACCACAGAGCCUAGGGCUUGCCGAUCAGAAGGUCGGCGGUUCAAAUCCCCGCGACGGUGUGAGGUCCCAUUUCCGUGCGCUGCUCUGGUUCGCCAGAAGCGGCUUAGUCAUGCUGGCCACAUGACCCGGAAGCUGUCUGCGGACAAAACGCCGGCUCCCUAGGCCAGUAAAGCGAGAUGAGCACCGCAAUCCCAGAGACAUUCGCGACUGGACUUAACUGUCAGGAGUCCCUUUACCCUUUAAAUAGGUUUGUUCCUUAAAUAGCCUGCCUUGGUUACUUACUGAACCGAAACAAUUCAUUCCACUUAUCCAUUUUGUGCGCAUAUGCUCAGUGUAAGAGAGACUUGAGGGUUUUUUUGAUCUACCUAGAAACCGUUCUAUAGAUGACUAGAAGCAGGAAGUGCUUAGAACUCAGUUAAAGGUUACCAUGCAGACAUAACUCUUAACAGCUACCAGCUGCCACCUGCAAAUGAAAGGAGAGCACAUUCCUUACACUGCCAAUGGGAUUCUAUUCAUCUUAAGAACAUAGUCUAGCAGCCACAUGGUGAAGGCAAGCUCACCUAAUAUUCUGCCAGGGCAAACAUUUACCUAACGAACUGCUAGCCUAGACGACACUUUCAUUUAACUUGUGUGACAAAUGCUUUGGAAAAGAUCAAACAUUUUAUCUUUCUGUUCAGUUUGUGUACAUUGUGCGGCCAGAGGUUAAGACAUUCCAGUCAUCUUUCAUUAUAAGAGAAUGUGGAGGGAAAGUGGCUGUGAUUGGUACAAAAGAGCAGGAAAAUGUAUAGAAGCCAGCUUGCUCCCAGUUCUUAGCAAAAUGCAUUCAAGGUUAAGCUCCAGUCACCAGCCUCCAGCAGACUAUGUAAGUGCAGACCGGAGGAGAUACAGUAGGUAUUAACUAUUCUGUGUACAGGCCUUUUUAGUGCUCCUAUUUCCCAAAGGUUUCCCAAAGGUUAAAGAGAAUGCAGCAAGCACUGAGCUUAAUUCAGCAAAGCAAUAUAUCAGUUGUAAGGGCUAAAGUAGCUGCAUUCACACUAUGUGAGCACUGCACUGUGUUUGCAAGCCAAGGAAAUAUAGCUGUGUGCAAUGCCAGGUCAAUGCAGGGCAGCCCUACCAUUUGGCAGAGUGGCCCAGCUGCCUCAGGCAGCAGAGGCUGUAGGUGGUGGUGAUGAUUUGUGGCAAAAUGUUGAAAGGCAGGCUUGUCUGUGUCACAUAGCCGCUGCUCCCCUGUUGUGGACACUGUAAAUGUUCAGGUAAGACUCAGCUGCCAAUCUGCUUAGCUUCUGUUCCGCUUCAAAUGUUUAUACCAUUGAAAUGAAAAUUGGCAACUGAUUCCUAGUCCUGGAACGCUUGAGGAAAGACUGGAUUUUCUAUCAGGCUGCCAGGAGGUUGUCCUUCUGUUUAGACUCCUUGUAGCUUCACAUUCACAACAGAUAGUACCUACGCUAAAUCUCCCUACAUCAAAUGGGUAUCAGGAAAUGGUAAUAUAAUUUGAGGCACUGAGAUUGUAAGUAAACUUAAAUGUCCAUAGACAGGAGGGAGUCUUUCAGAUUGUCUGGUUUUGCAAAAACCAAUCCUUGUAGUUUUGGAACGCAUCUAUUUUUACUGCUAAAUGGACACAAAUGGAAAUCCCAGUGUUAUAUAUUCUCCCUGCUGCCUUGAAACCAAGAAAGACAUAAUUCCUGCAGGACCUGCAGUUUUUCUUUUACUAUUCACCUCUCAUUUUGAAAAUUGCUUCCUUUGUUUUAAAAGGUUACGAAACCAGACAGCACCACUGACACCAGGCGAGCGCCACCAUCUCCCAUGCCACAACCGAAACACCUCCAUAAACCUGGUGGGCUACACCCACCACCCCCUCCUCAAAGACGAUCUUCUGCUUUUACUGGUUCGUUGAACCUGCCCCAAAAUAUGGAGAGAAGAAACACAAUUGCCACAUCAGAUCCAGACGAAUUUCCACCACCCCCUGAAUCAAUACUGCUUCCCACUGCGUUGGAGGACUUGCCGCCACCGCCGCCUGAAUACUAUGAAGAUCCUCCUGAUUUCAUUCCGGCCCCACCACCUGCCUUUGCUGUGGGCGCUGGCACUCCAGAACUGCCGCCGCCACCUCCUGCAGUCUCUGCCCCCACGAUGCCUCCGCCUAUCAGAAAGAAACCUCCACCUCCUCCUAAAAGACAGGAACAAAGUACUGGGCAGGCAGGAGGGCCUAGGCAAAGUGGGCUUCCUCCAAGGGGAGAUGCAGGUGAACAAGGAGGAGACUUAAUGUCCGAUUUAAUGAAAGCACUGCAAAAGAAGAGGGGUGAGACAUCAUGAAACAAGCAGUUUAAAUGAAGAUUAGUGUGCGGUUUUAGUUGGAUCAGGGAGGGUGGCCCAGAUAAAUUGUCUACAGCUCUUCCUGGUGGUCCAAAGGAAUAUGUGCUAGAGAAAGGCAUCCCAACAUAUCCCAAAGCAAUGCCUUUCCCCCCUACCCGCCCCUGCAACUUGUUCCGAAAUGGUGGCUUCCCAUGUUCCUGGUUUGAGGCUGAAGAACACAACUAGAAGCAUGGGAAGUGUCCCAAGGGAGAGGCAGAUUCCCAAGGAGAUUUUGAUCUAGCAAAAAAGAGGAAAGAACCUUAUAGCAAAUUAAAGGCUGACUAAUAUUAAUCAAUUGAAGGUUUAAUAGGCUAUUUAAUUGGAUUUUCCCUGGGCAUGUGUUCAUGUAGAUUGCACAAUCUGUUCUUACCCUGUAAAUGUAUGGCAAAUGUAUGGGCAGGCAUGACCUGAUUUGCAAAAAUAAGGAGACUGAAAACAGUACUACAACAGUUGCAGUGACAGCUGUCUCAACAAUUCCACCCACUAACCCCAUACUUUUUAAAGAGCUUUUACUAUUAGAUACAGCGAGAACCAACCAUUUGGAUAACAGUGAACACUUCCACUUGAGGCUUUAUUAUUCACAGGUUGUGCCACACCUGUUUCCUCAAUUGUUUUGAAGUGAUAAAUCCCAACCAAAAUGCUGCUUUCAGCUGUCGUAUCUGCAGCCUAUGUCUCUGGUUAUUUAUCCAAUAUAACGCAAGGCCAAAGAUACGCAAGUUUCAGUUCUUCUUCCCACAGCAACCAAGUUAGCAAUUGUCUUUUAAGUGAUGCCUAAAAAUAUUUGUCUCCUAAAGACUUUAUGAUGAUCGGAAUACGUUAAGGCAUUUAUGAGUUCUUACGCCUCUUUCAUCAUUUAUGAUUCACCUUAAUCUUCCAGUGUUCAUUUUGACAGAGCUUGUUUUGACUGCCAGCUCCUGAAUAAAAUCCUCUUCAAUGCCUCAUAAAAGUGUCAAAGUUAAUGAACGAGCAACACAGUUUGUUUCGAAGGCAUGUCGCGCACGCAUACGCAAAACAUUCUUUGGAACGGCAAGUGCUUUCCUUCUCUAAACAUUCAGUUCAGGAGCACAACAGUUACGCCUAAAAUUGGGAAACAGAAAGGGACAGCAUGGAGGCUAAAUCCUACCCUUGGAGAGUUGUCAGUGGCCAACCCUCAAAUGGCUUACCAGCAGAACUCGCCUGCAAACCAGAUAUUUCAACACAGUUGCAGAGACCCUAGGAAGAACCUUGGCUAUAAAUGGGACUUGGAUCAAAAGCUGUUCUUGAAAUGAGAAAAGCGGUGCUUGAUGCAGUUCAACUAUUUGCCCUUACUGCCCUAUGCUUUGUCAACUUAACUCUGUGUGUUUCUCAGAUCGGUUGAGAUUUUGUUGUUCUAACAAAAUUAGAAUCCUGGUUUCUAGAUCCAUUUAUCAUGUGCCAAGGUUAUUUAUGGGAUCCUCAAGAGGCAGACUCUGCUGCCUUGGAGACUACAGAAUUUGGGGUGCCUCUUAUACAAAGCUGAAUCAGGGAUCGUCACAAACAAUUCCUAUGAUUGUGGCACAGCAAGAGCAAAGAGAGUUGGUUACGAGGAAAUUAAAAUGGCAAGCGGGAGGGAAGAGGAGCAAGUGCGUAACUCUGCUUCCAAUAAUUGCAGAUAAGAAUGGAUGGAUUUGCCUGCUUCCUGUCUGUCAGUUCUGCAUGAAAUGAUUCAGAAUUAUGUUCCACCUUGUUUCUGGAUCAAUCUAUUGAUUUUAACCGCAUGAAAAUUGGCAUGUUUGUAUGCUUUUUACCCAGUAAUACACAUUUUUUUACACAGUUCCGUACUAUUUUUUGAGCUAAGAACUGUAGUACAGAUUUGGCAGCACAUGGAGGGGGGACUG